AGGGACUUCACACGCAGACGCGCGAGGGGAGCUCAGUAUUGGACCUGCGCAUCCACUUGUUGAGUUUACAACAGUUCACCGUCACUCCAUUUAAAGAGACAACAACAUGGCACACGGGCUGGUCAGACGAGAGUCUGUGGAAACCGAGAUGCACAAGUCCGAAUCCAAAAGAAAAACUUUUGUUUACACCAAGAAGAGAGGCUACGAUGUUACUCGAAACCCCCACUUGAACAAGGUAGGAGUGUUGACUCACUUGUUUGAGUUUUUAGCUUGUUUCCAUGGACGUUAAGGUUGUCAAGUAGCUGCUGCCUUCAGGGACUGCGGGAAAUGUCACAAUUCUAGAUUGUCCGGCAACAACCAGCCGUAGUGUCAUGAGUAAUGAAAUGUGAGGAUGCUCAGGGUUUUUAUCAUUAAACAGCUAUCAUUUGUGGGGUCGGUGACGUUCGACGACUGUUUGCCAGCUUAUAAAAUGUAGGUAAUCUGCUAAAUGAGUGCAGUCCUCGUCAAAAUGUUAAACUUUGACAUAUUCAGUCACUUUCCUCUUUAACUUGUCGCCAUGUCUCUGUCUCCUAUCAAAUUAUAUUACGUAAGAGUGACGUAUUUAUUAAGACUAUGCUUCGAGAGUGUCUUCAGUUUACUCUCUGGACUCUCGUAAUCCCUCAGGCAGCACUUGAACGCAACAUUAGCCAGGAGGUAUCAGCUUUAGACGCGGUUAUAUUUAGAUUUAAAGAGACCAAACACUGUCGUCGCAGUAAGAGGGGCUUUUGUCAAUACUGCCUAGUCACGUAUUGGUUUUCAGGGGCUGUUAUGUAGCAGUAAUGCAUUCUUGCCACCAGGAAGUCUGAUAAAAACUACAGUGGGCCUCUGUGAUUCAGCAAAAUCUGGCAAACUGCACUGAGCUCAUUGUGGGAGCUGUCAAGUAGGAGAAGUAACAACUGUCCCUUUAAAACGCUAUAAAUAUUAAGGGUUUAAGUUAAAUGUGGUAACUAUUUUGUGAUGUUUAAAUGUGCCAGUUUCAUUAGACAUAAGCUUUUGAACAAUUAGAUACAUCUUAGAGUAAGUAUUUUUCAAUACAAUGAAACAGAAGUGAGCAUUAUUAGGUGUACCUCACUGCUUCUAGCCCAUUCGGACACAGGUGCUGACAUGCAGUGCUAGAGGCAAUGCACAGGGUCUUAAAAAGCAGUUUCUCUAAACCAGAGCUUUUUCUUGACAAAAAUGCGGAACAGUGUUGAAAAUUGCAUAAGACAAGACAAAAGUGCUGAGCAGCUACUUUGCAGAUCAUGAGAUAAGGAGGAUGACUUUGCUGUUUCUUACUGUGGGUAUUUACAUCUGCUGAAAUGUGUAACAUUUUUGCUUUGAUCAGACCCUGCUUAGCCUGUUGUAAGCACCACAUUAGACCUUAGGUACAUUUAAACAAAAGAGCUUCUGGCCUCAAAUGAGCUGUUUCUAGUCUUUUCUCUUGGUAUGUGUGGUGGGACAGGGCCCCUGAGGUCAAACUGUGGUGACAGGAUCUCUGUCCAUGGUGCUGACUGCCCAUCCAAACAACAGGCUGAAUUCAGGGCCACUUUAAUUUGAAGUGCAACCUACAAACAAAGUGUGGUCUGACUGCUUUUGGCACUCUAGAGAUGUUUUCUCUUCUCUCACAGGCCAAACAUGUUUUCCCUUAGGUAGUCAUUGAACAGGUGGCCUAUCAAUAGCUGAACUGUUCUGGGUUUUUCAGUGUGAAUUCUCAAUUAGAGCUGUGUGACUGCUCUUAGUUCUUUCAUAUUAGCUAUUCCUGGUAGACGAAAGUUGCAGUCAGUUUACCACAGCUGAAGCAGCUGCCAGACACCGGUGGUAUCAUCAGUGAACUGAUAAGUGCGGUUCAAACAGGCCAGUGUCUGUGGAGAGAGGGGUGUGAGCUGGUGGUUGCACAGAGACCUGAUUGUUAGUGAAGUUAAUGACUCCACUCUUGAGACCUCAUGCUGCACACCAACCUAAUGUGUUUGUGCUCAGAUGUGAAAAUGUGCAAGCUGUGGCAGGUUGAAGUGAGGUGUUAACAUGAAUGCAAUAUGACUUAUGGGGAAUAAAAUAACUUUCUUUAAACCAAGCAUGCUCAACCAGGGACAAAAAUGUCAUGUUUUAUUGUUAAAGAUGACACCUUAGAUUAAGCUAUCUGAAAGGGAUCAUUCAAAGAAAUGAGAUGUUUUAAUCUAGUCAUGCAAUAAAUCACCCAUAAAUCUUCAUGACUUCAUCGCCCUUCACUUCACCCGUCAGUUUUGCAACUCUGUAAUUACCUCUGUCUUGUCUUCUGAGUUGUGUUCAGCUAGUUUGUACAUGUUGUUUCCAGAAUUUUUAAUUUACCUUUCAUGUAGCUGAUGUCUUCAACCUGGAAUCUGAUUAUCAGCUCUUGUAUUUGUUUGGUGGAGAAAUGAUAGUGGACCAAGUCAGUUGUUGGAUUACUUGCUGCUCAGCAGGGUGCCUCUAUCAAGAAGACAGCCAGAACACUGAUCUAACAGUAAUGAUGUGUCCCUACAUCUGCAGUUUGUGUUGGAAAGUAUUUGAACCACAACAGUUUCGCCUCCCGUUGACAGCAACAUAUGUACUAACUGUGACAGACAGCUAUUAAAUCUUCUAAAAAGGGAGGAAACCCAUCAUUUAAGUGUUGUUUUAUGGGGAUCUGACCAGUACUUGAGCGGAUGACAACCUGUUUUUAUGAAGUCAUCUAAGUCAGGGAUAAUGUGUUGUUUCCCUGGCAGGCUACAACUAUACAUUAUACUGCUUGUUACCUGUCUGCCACCUGAAUCAAAGACACAAUCAGUUUUUAUUGAAGUAUGAUUUGUUUUAUUUUUUCACUGAGUUCUCAAAAUUCAUCACAUUAAUAGUAAUUUCUUGAUGAAUCUGAUGGUUGCCUGUUAAAGAUGGAGGUCAUUCUGGGACCCACAGAUCCAGCGCAUAAACCUGACCCAGUAAACUGUUUGUUUAUAUCUCAAUUUACACCUCAGGACCCUGAAUGGACGCUAUGUACAGGAGGAGCUGUUAAAGAGGGCCAGUUGGUGACCCAAAUUCAUGUGAAAGCACGACUGCUUUAGCACUUAGGAUGUUGCACUUCAUUCUGGUCGUUUUGAGAGGUCCUUUGAGAACAGUGACCUGAGUCAUUCAGAUUUUAAACUUUUCAUUUAAAGUCAAAAAAUAAACUUGAGGCACAACAUUUCCCAGAGUCAGAAAGUGUUUUCUUGAUUUUUUUUUCUCUAUUUUCAUACUUCCUUAUUUUUCUCUAGCACAAAGUUCAAGUGAAGCUGAUGUAUUGUGUCACUGUGAGAUAUAUUUUUCGGUUUCUACAGAAGUAUUUCCAAAUUCACUCAGGCUGCACUUAAUCACAGUGGGAGGUUGUAUUAAAUCCACUUUACACUUUCAUCAGUUGGCUUAAAUGACCCAAAACUCACAUGUGCCUUCAAACACACUCAGGUCAGAUCUGUGAAAAAAAAGGUUUCUUAUGCUGCAGGUGAAAUAUCCACUGUCGGGCCUGUGCAUGAGCUGGGCUGAGGAAAUUAGAGGAGAAGGUAGGAAAUGACUGCUAAAGCGUGUUAGCUGCCAAGGACAGGUAACCCUCUGUGGCGCAGGCAGAGGCACAUUGUUGCCCUGAUUUCAGCGAGCCCGGGGAAUGAGGUGUGUUUACCUCCCUCAGCUGGCCCACUUCACCCCUAACAGGAGCUGGUCCCAGAACAACCUGCUAAUUGAAGCUGAGGCUGCUGCGCUGAAAGCAGCCUGUCCUCACAUCCACAGGCUUCGAUUUCCUUUUAAUCUCUACCCACACACACAUAAACAUGCAGAACUGAUACGUGAGCAUGACACACAAACGCACACUUACAGCUCCACCUAACUUUCUAAGAGGUGGAACCGGAUAUUAUAGGUGUGUUUUGUGUGUGCUCGCUGUGCAAUAAAGAGAUGAAGUGGGGUUCAGGGGGUAGAAAAGGUCCUCUGUGGCCAGGUAGAGAGAGCUGGCCAUGCUCCACAGACGUCCUCUGUCUCUCUGAGUGAUCACACGUAUAUGAGGCGCCUGUGUGAAUCCUGGCCCUCAGUGCGUCUCUCUGACGCUUGUUCCGCCUGCCACAGCCUUUCACAGCCUUUCACAACAACAACAACACCAACAACAACCUCCUUAAAAUGCUUUCAGUGCCGUAUCAGAGUGGCUUUUUCACCUCAAACACAGCUUUGAGAUGUUGUUGGGUCAAGCACACCCAUUCACUAGCUCUGCACUGACUUAAAAUAGCACAAAGUUGGGAGAAAGUUUGAAAAAAGCAGCUCUAAACCUGCUCUUACUUUCGCAGUAACUGUCUGGAAGGCACGAUUUUCCCUUGUUGGCAAAUAACAAAGUUAAUACAAAAUAGUUUAACCACAAAGAUAUGCUCUCAGCUGCAGCAGGCCCCAGAGUGAGGGAUGGUGCUGUCACUUGGGCUUUUAGCACUAAAUCCAAAGAAAACUCAAAACUGAUCCUCUUGAUUAUGUAGUACUAUUUUGUUUGUAAAGGUUUCAUAAUCAUUAAAUCAUCAUUAGAACCCAUGAAUGCAGAAAGACAUUGAGGUCUCUUGCCCAGACUGUGCUGCAUUGAAUGCCCCCUUUUGCAACCACAGGCUCCACAUGUGAGACAGCAAGAUAACCCGUCAGAUACAAGACCAGAGUGAACAACCUCUGUACUUUGCAAACGCUGAACUGCACUGUAUCUGAUCGGGCGAUGAGGAUGUGCUGGUAUUCCAAAUGGCAGCAUUCCUGAUAACCCUCUGUAGCGACUGGAAGUCAUUACCCUCUCAUGAUAGAUUUGCUCUGGUUUGGCUGACACACACAUUGACUUUUGCUUCCAGAAAUGUUGUUGGUUUCUUCACCAGGCUUUCUUUUUCCUAAAAGCAAGGCUGACACAAAUAAAUUUAGCAGCAGACAAACACAGCAACAAAUACGCCUCGCUUUCUGCACUGUGAGUGGAUAUUUCGGUCUGUAUGGUCUCUCCGAGUCCUCGACUGUGGGUAUGUGUCAUGCUCUGUUGGUCUCCACACAGAGCCUGGACCGCUGAGUUUCCAUGUGAAACUGCUCUCCAGCUGGUUUGUGUCCCAGAAAGGUCUGAUAAGGCUUUGAGGACAGAGUUUGCACUUAAAUAGAAUUAUGUCACAAUUGGUAAAAGAUGCCAAUGGGAAACUAACUUGAUGACCUGGCACUAACCAAAGCCAGUGUCUGGACCUUUGAUUCUGUCUGAAUCACUGUGUCUGCAUGACACAAGGACAAAGUUUGUUUCUGCCCAGUAGAGACGUAUAAAAGCUUUGUGCUGACAGUUCUCUGUUAGCAAAGAAUUACAGAAAUAUUUACUCUGUCCUGCUAGUGCGAGUUCCCAUGGACCUCGGCAAUGUUGUGUGAUCCAUUGCUGUUUGACGCUUUCAGGCCCCUAUCCAUCAAACAAUCAACGUUUCACUUUCAGUUGUUUAUUUUUUAUAAAAAAUUUGUGCUUACUUGAUAAGAAAUAAAGUGAACGCUGAGUCUCUAAUCAGUGAUUUUUAAGAAUUCCAGUUUUGCUGCGAUAGCCUUUCCAUGCCUCACAUUCACUGUUUGUUACACAGUUUGAUGAAGAAACUUAUAUCAUGGUGACUUUUUCGAUAAACUGCUUUUACACAUACAACUAGGGCCAAUUUAUGACCGUCUUAAGUUGAUCAAAAGAGACGCUUCAUUGUCAAUGUCUUUGGGCUUCAAGAAACAAGGGUGCAAUGACAUCAGGCUGAGAUGGUGCAGUUAUUAUCUAGUGCACAAAAAGUUUAUUUCAUGGGAACAAGUUAUUAUCUUGUGUGCACUAAUAAAUAUGCUGUCCUAUUUAACAAAAAAAUGUGUUUGCACAAGUUAAUAUCUUGUUCCUGUAAGUUUAUCACAAUGUGCACAGAAGAUUGAAUAUCUUUUACAUGGAAUAUAAAAAUAUUGUGUGCAUGAUAUCUCCAUUUUGUGCAGAGAAGAAAGUAACUUGUGAGCACAAGACAACCAUCUUGUAUGCACUUUAUAUAUUUUGCAUGUAAGAAAUACAAAGUACCAUUUCGUAGUCUGUGAAAUUUAAAGGUCAAGGUUAGUAGGUAGUCCUGGCAUUCAGUCAAUCCACUGAGUUCACAUUUUCAACAGUUAUUUGACUGAUGUGGAGUUCAGUCUAGACAAAGUAAUCACCCCUGAUGUGGAAAUGAUCCAUUUGUUUAAUUCAUUUGUUAAUUCAUGUUUUCACAGGUUGAAAGCCAAUGAAUUGAGGUGAUUCCAAGAUGCCAUAUAUUAAAAUAUUUGAGACAGUAACCAUGGCAAACAUUACAUAUGCUAAAGUCCAGCACGCUAAUAGCAUAUUGGUGUUACCUGGGAUACCUUUGAAUGCUAUCACUUAAAAAAAACCUCCAGCAUGGCUUAAUACUCAUGUUUUAUAUCUUUCCACAGAGCCAGAUUAGCUUUUCUCCUUAUUUACAGUCUCUAUUCUAAACAAAUAUAUAUAUUAAUCUGCUCCUGACUCUGGUUUAAUAUUAAGUAAACAUGUCUUUGCUUCUUUUUUUUUCUUAACUGGACAGAAAUAAUAUUGAACCUGCAAAAUUAGAACUGACGGUUCCCCAGUCAAAGGCACUGGCGUAUUAAAGGGAAUAUGAAUAUGAAGCUGGAUGUCUGAGGGAACCGCAGCUACGUGGCCACUCAGAUUUUGAUCUGAAUCAUCCUUUUAAUGUUUUAAUUAGACCGUGCUUGGUUUCUGACAUCACUGCACUGGGUCUGGGUGUGGCAUAAAUAGUGAAAAUGCCAGUAUGUGAGUGUAUAUUACAGGCCUUUUGGUGUGGGAUGACAGUGGUUGUGUGAGACUGUUUGCAGUCAGAUUACAAGGCUGCGUUUAACUGAGCGAUGAAAGUGGGACAAACCUUUCACUGUUCAGCAGCUGCACUUGUCAGUCCUCCUCACUAGGUGGACUGUGGGGCUUCAUGUGUGUCAAAAAGAUGAGUGUGUGUGUGUGGGUUGAGGAGGGGGUCCCAGGUGUGGCCAGGUGUUUCAGGUUGACCGCACGCACUGCUGUGGACCAGAAAUUCCUCUGGUAGACUCAAGUGGAUCAGCUAGACAAAAAAAAGAAAGUGCAGCUCUGUUCCUCUUCAGUAACCAACAACUACCCUUAGUUUAACACAUGCACACGCACACACACACACACACACUGACAUUCCAUAAACCAAUUUAAAGAGGUUGUUAACCUGCAGCUCCGUAAGUGCUUUUAUCAGCGCUCUCUUCAGGCGUCUCUCAAUAAACUGUGUGUAAUAUGAUCAGACUGUCAAUUCAACAGCCUCUGCUUCCACACACACACACACACACUCACUCUCACACACACAAACGUAAUGUGUCGUUUAUUCAGUAACAGGUCCGUCUUAAUAGCCCUACCUCCUCAGUUCACUUUUGUGCUUUUUUGUGAGAUGGUCCUCAUUCAUGUGAGCACAACAGACAGACCAUUAGCUUGUCCCAGACAGAGAGGGAGACAGUCUGAGCCUCAUCACCUUCCUAUGAAGCUCACCUCAAGCAUCCCCUCUCUUUCAGCCCCUCCUGUCUUCUUCCCUUCACUUCUCUUCAAUGCUGCUUUUGUCUCUUUAUUAAGUUCUUUCCAUUACCUCAAGAACAUACAGCAAAAGAGUUUUAAGGCAGUAUUUUGUUUCAGUGUUCUGAAGCAAAGUGUUUACACAGCCAUUAUGAAGAAAUGGCUUUCCAAGGGUCAGGGAAAUGGCAUCAGUGAGACUGACAGGUCUUGUAUGGACAUGACAACACAAGAACGAUUAGUAUUUAUGGCCUGAGUGAGACGCAGAGCUGGGAAUCUGUCACCAGACAUCCUGGUUACGCCAGAACUUAAAGCUCCUGUCAGGAUUUUUUUUUUAUGUUGAUGAAAAAGACUAAAACUCACAUUAAUGCCUUUUUAUGGUAUGAGAAAGCAAAAAAGAGCAUCACACUUGCAAAAUUAAUGUUUUUUUUUUUCAAUUUGUAUUGACUGAAACCUGUUCGAGGGUGGGCACCAGAUCACCAGAGAGGAACAAUCCUGUUUUUACACUUUCCAGAAUUAAUGAUAAACUUGACUGUCAAAAAACAGGCGGACGAGAUUACUUGUAAAAAGACACCUCUAAUGUAUGAAGCAGAUAAGAUAAGCAAAGAAAGCUUUGUCCACAGGGACUGCCAACAUUUACACAAACUGAAAGUUACCUGCAGGACCUUCAGAAUCUGUUUACUCAAAUGAAAUUUCAAAAGUUUGAACUAAAAAAGUUGCCUAAAAAUUUCAAUUUGAUUGAAUAUGGCCUAAUAGCCUGAUUUAUUUGUUUUCACUUGGAAAAAAAACAAAAAACAUUAGGUCAAGUUAGUUGAGAGGGAUACUAAAAUGAGCCCAGUUAAGAAAUGACUUGAAACAUCUAAACAUUGAAACCGAAGCAGGUCCAGACAAGGGGAUCAAGUACCAGCAGGAGGGCUGUUAGGUUCGGUUCUCUCCUUAUCACUGGAGAACUGAGUUUAUUACGCAGCAGCCCCGGGACAAUAAGGAGUCAAGCACUGAAAAAAUUCCACUGGGCUGCUGAGUCAAACUUCCCCCAGCUACAAACACCAGCGAGUCAUGCAGCCAGUGAUAAAGUUGACUACACAGCUUGACUAGCCGUUAGCUGCUAGCAUUAGCUCCAGAUAUCCUGAAGCCUGACAUCCUCUCCUCUUCCUCACCAUCAUCGGUUUCAGAAACUACUUCUGAAUCCCUGCUGUGAUUUUUAACAUUACCCACUGACAUCAAAGUACCUUCUCAUCUUAAAAAAGUUCAGUGAACUUCUGUUCACUAAAUAACAAAGCUGUGUCAAGCCAUCUGAACUGUGUUGACCUUGAAGUAAAGUGUCUCUGAGUGGGGAAAAAGGGAAGAAACCCUGGGAAUUACUGUAACAGACUUACUCAAGCCUAACUGAUUAUCAUGUGAUAAGACGGCUCCUCAGUGGUUUAGAUCUUAGCACUACAGUUACUUGACCAGCUCUGGGUAAUCCUUCUCAUUGACCAUGAUGUUAAGUCGAUGGUCACACUGGGUAGCCUCUUCCUGUGUUUCACCAUCAGGGGUGUUUGCUUUGUCAGUUUUCUCCCACAGUGUGUCAGUGUAUUUGCCUUGUGGGUGGUUAUUUCUUCAGAGGACAUGUCAGCCUUUACAGAAACGAGCAGUGACAACAGAAAAAACACAUUACAACCUUUUACCGUGGUCUGGUUUGUUUCUUAGACCUGAUGGCAGAUCUGUGCAGGUAAACAGUAAAAAGUGGCUAAGAUAUCCACACCAUUCUGGCUGGAUCUGGACUAAAGAACAAGAGAGUUAUUUUAAGAAAGUCUCAAAUUGGAUUGGCCUUCUGUAGGACCACAAGGAGAUUAAUUGAAGAUGUAGGAAAGGUCAGCCAGUGGACACUUGCCUGCAAGUAAAGGUAGCAGUGUAAUGCUGUUUUGUUUGUCUGUUUGUGUGCUUGUGACACUUCAUGUCCUGUUUUUGAUUGUGGACUGGAUACGUGUCAACAUUAGGAAGUCAUUUUUAGUUUGGUGUGUUUCUUCAUACUUAGCAAGUGAGAUAAAUAAAACCUCACACAGAUGUGCUAAACAGCAAAAUUUUGCCGAAGGACUGGCACACAAAAGUAGAUAUUUGGACCCAGGGCUUCACAGAGUUUAAGGGUCUUGGACACUUUCCUGGCAACACUUAGGCUCCUAAGGGACCUGUACUGUGAAGCAUGAAAAGGCUUCCUCAAGGGGAUCGGCCCCCGUUUGAAGAGCCCUACAUGUCCAUACCUCCACCCUCCCAAAGCUGCCCUCCCUGAGUCAACAGUGGCUCGGUUUUCAUGGCUGUUUGACCAACAAGCGUGUCUGUACAUUCACAAGUUGACACCUCUUGAUUUAAGGACCCCUGGACUUUCAUAUUUGCUCAGGAUCAGGAACUCAAGACGCUCUUUUUUUUCAGUUUCAGAGCUGAGUUUCUUGUGGGGAUCAUGACUCAUGAAAGUGAGAUGUAAAUUAAAGGCUGAGUUGCUGUCUGUUUUCUAAUGACAGAUUUGGACAAGCGAUGCACUGUUGACUCAAAGCUUCAAACACUUUUUCUGGCAUCUUUAUCUCUCAGUUUGCCAAGAUAGCUUCUCAAGUUAUUUUCACCAGAAUCUCUCUCUGACUUGUUCUCUGAGAGAAUGAUUGAAUAAAAACAGCCCUUUCAAGAUCAAGUGGAAAAAAGACAAUACAGAUCACGAUUUCCAGUAAAAAUUGAUCAUAAUAUGAUGAAAAAAUAUAGCUCAAGUUGACAUGCAAACACACUGCAUAACAGCAACACAACAGCAGCGCAGCAUCUAAAGACUAGAAGAAACAAAACAGAUUUAAAUCACUUCGUUUGCUGAACACAUGUUGGAUCUCUAAGAUGGACUAAAUUUACUAAAUAAGAUUGUAAAACAAACAAGUGACAGAGAAAGGUUUCCCUCUCUCUUCCGUGUCUUGUUUCUAUGUGUGGACUUAAGACACAAUUGUAGGGGGUCUGAUUUACAUGAUAUUUAUUGUAAGAUCUUGCUAUAAUGUCUCGAUUGCGCGUAUCCAUAGGGUCUUGUUUGCACAUUGAUGUGUGUGCAUUUCAUCCUAUCUGUUUGUUUUGUGGGGGCUCCAAAGAGAAGAAAAGGUUUUUUUUUUUUUUUGCUGUGCAGCUCCAAUUUUAAAAGUUAUGAGGGGUUCAUGUUUUCUAUGAUUGACACUUGAUACAGCCUAUGGGCGUAUGGGGAAAGCGUAGCUCACCCGAGGGAUACGCUGUUUGAGCCGGGCGUCAUCACAGCAACUCUCAGCGACUCUCCCGCCAAAUGAGUACAAUGCCACUGCGCUAAUGGUGGUUCCAGGAAAAUCUCGGAAAUACCGAGAGCAAUUUGGCUUCAAAUUUGUAUAAUGAUGGCAGGCGGAGCCAAGUUGUCCAUAGUAUGUACUGUCUAUGUAGUAAACUCACAGGCUUUCUUAAGCAUAUGAACUGAGUGUAAUGGGACUUUUAUAAAAGACUAAAACAAAUCCAGGAAUUUCCCAGGCCAUGUAGUUCAGAACAAACAGAGAUAACAGGGUCAAGCUCUUUAAUACCAAACAUUUGAAAUGGAGCCUGAAAAGCUUGAGCUCACAGCUCUGUUUUGCUUUGACUGUGUCUCAUUUUAUCAUCGACAACAGUGUAAUUAGCACAGUGGGAAAAUAUUGACAAAGAAAGCACUAGCUGUUAUUGAAAUAAAUAUGUUUGGUCCUCUUUAUACAGUAAAGCUGCUACGGCCUCUGUCCUGCUAAUAACUAUUUAUGUGAAGGAAUGAGAGUGCACAUUGAGGCCUCACAUGGUACAUUAGUCAUGAGGCUUUCCUUAAAAAAAACUUAGUCAGGCUGGAGGAUCCUAAGAUGGACUUGAGCUGAUUUGUGCUUUCUCUCUUCCUCCCAAGAGGAAGCGAUGGGUUUAACUGGCUUUAUACAUAGGGCAAUCCUCUUGAACUCUGCUAUGACUGGCAGGAAACAGAUGGGGGUGGGGGUGGCAUCGUAGUAAAGGUGCAAGCAGCAUUUUGCAGAACAGACUUGUUACAGUCUACAUGCAAAUGAGUGGUUGUUUUAUGCAAAUAAAAUGUAUUUGAUGGACAUUUUGAUGGGUGAAUCUUGACAAAUGCAGUACUGUACUUUGUAUGCAUCACAGGAGCAUCUUGUCCUUGUAGGCCACCAUCCCUCUAAGGGUUAACAAGGAAGUGAAUCCUAAAUCGUCCCAUUUUUGCACACUGUACCUUUAAAUAUGAACAUUUUUAAAUUGAGAGCUCACUUAUUGAUGAUUAUUACUUGUUUCGUCCAGAUUGUACUUGUUCCUUUUUGUGCUAUUGUUGUGCUAUUUGUGCUACAAGUAGUGGUGUGACCAUUUCUUGAACUUUAUCCUUUCUUUAAAGUUACAGCACUUGGGCCAUUGUCAAAUAUAUAGGCCUACUAUAUCAGAGUUUUAGACUUGUCAACAAUAAGCACAAAAACAUAACUUGACUUACCUGCGAGCAAAUAUUAGUUUAACUCUUUGGCUCAUUUUCUGGGGCAUUGUUCAUUGUAUGUUACAGUGCUGUUUUUGUUCUGCUUUACAGAUUAUUAACAGUUUCUUUGUGUGUUUCAUGAGGAAGCUGGGCCCUUUACAUUCCUGCUCUUUUUCCUGUUCUUUGUAUGAAACAAAGGCAAACAGCAAAUGUAAAGACUGGAUAUGGAUCAUAAUCUUAACCAUCUACCUUCUUGUAGCAAUAAUAACAUCUAGUGGUUGUUGUAGUUUACAAAGUCAUCUUCACAGUAUUUUAUAUUACACAGUUAUUUAUUUGUGUAUAUGGUAUUCAUAAAUUACUUGCAGACCUCAUUUGAGUCCACAAGUGCAUUUAUGAGUCCUCAAUUUAUCGCCUGUAGUGAUCAGUCUCCGUGCUGUUGUGUCACUUCUUGCACUCACUGACCUACUUGGUGUUGUACUUAAUGCCAGUCUGGUUUUAACUUUUAUUGGUUUAUUGAGAUCAGUGUGGUUCAUAGUUCAUCAGGGUAGACAGACGAGAGAUAAUGUGCUAUGUUUGACUGGUCCCCAAGAUAGAAGACACCUGCUGUAAAGUUUAAACGUCUUGAAAGAGCACAUUUAUCAAACACUCUCUUGCAUAUCUUAGUGAACUAAAUUGCAAAUGAAUGGGAACAUGAGCAUAGUUUACUCUGGAGACAGCACGUGAUCAGUCAGAUCCUGGAGGGUUGUGAGAAGUGCUGAUAGUUACUUGAAGUUGCCCGGACUGUGUUUUAUGGCAGCCAGAGUCAGAUUAAAGGAAUCGGACUUUGUGUAUUCAGCGUUGCUAAAGCUCCUCGCAAUUACAAAAGUGCAGUUAGUGCCAGCACAAGUUAAAAUUAAAGCACUUUUAUGAACAAACCUAUACACGUUUCAAUGGGCAAAAACUCUUACAUACACAUGUUGACGUGUGUGUGGUUUUACAGAGUUGUUGCCAGUAUUAUCAAGUUUGUGCGAAAUCUGGGGUGACUAAAAGUUCACUUUGCAUAGAUUAAAAUGAACAAGUUCAGGUUAUUAGUCCAAAAGUUUAAAUUUUGAACAAAGUUCGUGGUCCAACAAAAUAAGUUCAUUUUAAUUUUAUACCCUGCACAUAAAUUGUCUGUUUCAGUGGAGACUCCCUUGUUUCAAUUUUAAACUCUGUAGUUUAAAAGCGUGAAAUAGUAAAAAAGAAUCAUCAGCUUUAAAAAUUUAGAUUCACACAUUCAGUUGUUGGCUGAAUAUUUGGCACAAUCUUUUUAUUUUGAACAAAUUAGAGCAAAUCAGAUUCGUGAAAGUAACCAAAAACCACAAAACAAGAUCCUGGAGGCAUGCAAGUUGUUAGGGGUGGCUGACUGUGGCUCAGUACUAAAGUUGGUUGUUUCAGAGGGUUGGAGGUUCAAUCCCAGGUCCUGCUGUCCUCCACAAGAUAUCCUUGGGAAAGAGACUUGACCCCAAACCACUGGUUGUAUCCAGGAUUCAUUAAUACUGAUGGGUGCUUCCUCUGCCAUUCCUCUGGUAUGAAUUGGUGGAUGUGACAUAAAAUGGAAAAGCACUUUGAGGGGUCAGAAGACCAGAGAAAGCGCUACAGCUCUGUUACUAUGAGGAUUUUUAAACAGGCCAAGGGUUUCACAGAUAAACCAUCUUAUGCUGAGUAAUGAAGUUCCCUCCGAAAGCUGUCGCGCCCUCUGAGCUGAGGGAUUUUGUAACUGAUGGGUAUCAAGGGUAUAUUUAUCGAGACUGUGAUCUCUCUAAAUCAUCUACCCUCUAAUGUUUAUGUUAGCUCUGGAUCAUUUGCAUGGCUAAAGUGGUUUUUGAUGAUACUUGGCUUAGUUUGAUCACCAUACCAUCUCAUUUGCAACACUUUUUGGUUUGUUGACAGUUCCUUACUCUGGACCACCUUGGCUUUUGACCCAAGAACUUCUCACACCCAAAGUGAGAUUUAUAACCUUUCAUCAGGGAGUCAGUUAAUGUUGUGUAUAUGCUAUAUCUGAAGAGAAAGUUUCCUGAUUUGGAAAUGAUAUGAUCUGUGGACUUGUGUAUGGUGGCUCGCCAUAGAACAGUUACAGUAGAUGGGAAACUUUAAACCUAAGAGGGCCAUCUGUAUUAUUUCAAGAGACCAUGAUGUUUUUUAUUCUGUGCAAAGUAAAAUGUUUGCUGAGGAAAAAGACCAUUACUUAUCCAGUGACUGCUCAGCACUGGACUUGAAGUCAUUCAUUUGAAGUGACUUAAAUGGUUUUUCUUUGGGGUUUACUUCAAUCUGCUGGCAGGUAAAUGGAAACAUCCAACGACUAAGGCCAUACAUCAUUGAAGUUCUGAAAAUUUGUACUAGUUGUUUUGUCAAUUUAACACUCCUGGAGACAUUUAAGUCUUACACCAAAUUGAAGGCAGUACCAACAGAAAGUGUCAUUGUAGAGCUUCAUAUGUCAAAAUAAUAGCAAAGGUUUUUACAGCCAUGAGCAGACUGUGGUUGAAAACUCAACUUGAGUCAACAUUACAGUUAUGCCAGUUCCUCAACAUUUACAUUGUUAAAUUAUGUUAAAUGAAUCCCAGAAGCCAUAAUACCAUCUCUCUCCUGACAUGUCUUGGUCGUUACGGCACUUGAGCUAACGUUUGUUUCUCUGUGAAGUCGUAACAGGGGAUUCAUUGUGGCCAUUUGUAAUAGACUUUCCACCAGAGAGGGAACUUCCCCUAACUCACUGAAGGCUGACCUCAGGGAAGCUCUGGGGAGUCUCAGGGUUCCCUUCAGCAUGCCAAUGAACACACACACACAUUUUUAUGCCCAUGUAGCCUAAUGUACACCAGGCUGUGCGGGGUUUCCAUUCAUCAGUGCUGCACCUGCAGGCUAAAGGCAGAGUCCAUAAAUAAACCUCUCAAUCACGCUCUGUGUACAAUUAGAUUCACUUCAGAAAACCUUCACUCCAGCUUAAGGAAAGACAAUACAUUAAAAUCCCUUGAAUAAGAGCGUUGGUUUUAUGUCUUGGGCCUUUGUGUUGAUGAAACAUUGAAUAAAAGAGAGGUGUGAGUGAAAGCAGAAGAGUCUUUCAGGGAAACACCUGUCUUGUGUUGAACACAGAAGCAGUCAAAUGUGUCAGAGGCCAGAGGUCAGCUAGCAUAUGAUUUUCUGGCAUGUGUGGUGCUCUAAAAUUAAGGGCUAUGUCAGGGAAAAAAAGGCUUACUUUUGUUUGCUUAUCCAAUGUGUGAGAGCUUCACCUCCAUGGGAAAUGAGCACAGACAUCCCCGAGCUUCACUGUCACAGCUCCAUACUGGACUCUGCAUUGCCUUCUUUUGUCCUCCUCGAAAUGCUUUUUCUUUUUCUUCACAAUUUUGUAAUGUUUUGGCAUGAGUUUUGUUUGGACUGAAGUAUAUUAAAACAAGUGUCAACACCAACAAUCCUCUUAAAUUCUCUUGACACAUUGUGUACAUUUUUCAAAAUUAACAGACGUUCUGGGAGCUUGUGUGAUUUCAAUUGCUUUCGACUUUUCCCCUCAAACUGGUAAAAAUGUGCUUACCUUAUGUUAACUUGACUGAUCCACUCUGCUCAUCCUUGGCUCUGAUUUUGGAGCAGUGAAAGACUGAGUAAUUCCCAAAGCAAAGACCUGAUGUUCUUGCAGGGAGCAGAUGAGAUUCAUUAGUUGAACGCUGGGUUGUAAAAUCAGCACUUUUAGGUGGAAGGUUAAAAGCUGCUCGACAACACGGUAAUGAAAAAAGUGAAAAAAAGUCCACUGGCAGCAGAAGUGGUUGUUGAGGUCAGGUCCCAGCAGAAUGGGGCAGGUUAGUGUUCCACUGAAGUAACCACAGGAAAUUACUUAACCUCGACUCACCCCAGGAGCACUACAACCGGGCGCAAUCUGAACUAGCAAAGAAUGAUUUCUUAUUUGGAAAAUUAGAGUUAUUCUUGAUUUAAAAAAGACUAAUAGGGUGCAAAUGGCUUGAAAGGUUAUAGCAAGCUGUGGAUUAUGUAAUAUGAACCAACAGUUCAUUUUGUGAAGGAUUUAGUGUCAAACUGAUUGAAAGGCCUGUGAACUUGUGCAUGGUUGGUUUCUUACCAUAAAAGCAACCAUUUAAAAGAAGCUAAAUCACUGUGCACAGACCACAGAGCUCAGAGUGUGGCUUUUAAAGUUGAUUACCAUAUAGAAUUUUUCCAUGUUGGAAGCUGAACAUCAUCACUGUGUUUUCUACACCACUAUUAAAUCUCUGUAAUGUGGCAGAAAUUUCAGAGGAAGUGCUUAAUUUGACUAAAACUGCAUUUGUGAGCUAUGAGCUGUGUACUGGAUUAGAUUAGUUAGAACAUUAUUGAUCCUUUUGGGAAGGUUCCUUUAAGGUAAUUAAUAAUGUAAUAAAAAAAUGAUGUUAUAAGUUUAGAUUUCAAAGGAACUGGAAGACAUGUGAGACAUCAGAUUUUUACUUUUAAGGGAAAAGGAAAACAAAAUAGUUGCCAGUUGCAGCUCCUUUUUUUUUUUUUUUUUUUUUAAGACAAAAUGCAGUUUAAUGUUUUUGGUGCUCAACAUCCUCAGCACAAAAAAAAUUGCCCUUAGCAUCAGCUGACUUUAAUCACUGCACUCUCAGAUGAAAAUAGUCCAACUCUUCAAACACCUCCUAGUUAGUCAAUUUUGCUUCAUGAUUGCUGACCAAUCAGAAUCAGGAAGGGGCGGGACCUAUAAUUCAAGCUUUGUCAACAAAUAUGAUGAUUUGUCCUGGAGAGAAGUAACCACGCUACAAGUCCAGAGCUUCUACAAAUGGAACGACAUUCCAUCUGUCAGUCCCCAAAAUUAGUAUUAGGGGUGACCCGACACAACUUUUUUUUUUUUUUUUUUUUACCUCCGAUAUGAUACCACUGUUGUAGCCUUUGGCAUUGGCCGAUAACAAUAUUGAUCCAAUAUUGGCACAAAAAUUGGGUGUGACCAGUUUUGCACUCAGCUGCACAGUCUUUUUCAGACUUAAUCAAAAAUUUCUGCCACACAGCCAACAUCACUCCUACUCCUUGCUACUUUGUUGGUACCUUAGUACACACUGUUGUUGUGAUUAUGUAGGCUCUGCAUGCUCGAUCCGGAUACUGCUAGAUAGAAGUUCCGGAGCGGAGUCUGGAAUGGACUGCUUGUGUUUGAGUGCCGACAUCAGAGAUUUUAGAUGCAGGCCGAUAUAAUCUGAUAUUUGUUUUUUUGCAGAUAUCGUACUGAUAUUGGUAUUGGAUUGGGACAUCCUUAAUAAGUACUGCUUGUAUGCUGAAAUGUCUGCACAUGUAAAAGUCAUGCCCAAGUUCUAGUUAGAAUCCAUCUCGACCAUUAGCUAUGAUUUUAUGACAAGAAAGCCUCUUGAAAGGAUGUCCAGCUUUGGUAUGAUCGUGAUCAGCUCUCGAAGAUUAUUAGCCAGCACAUCAGUGUCCAUGAGGAUCUCUGCACUCUAUGAAGUGACUGGAGUAGUAAGAAUAUGUCAUUCUUGAUCUUGACAUAGAUAACUUCCUGAGCACAGACAAUGCUACCUGAUUUUAUUAUUUUAUGCUGUAUUUGUGCAGAUUAGCUUAGCACAAAAAUGUGCUUUGGUAUGAAGAUACAGCAGCGGAGGUCAUAUUUCUGUGGGCCCAUUUAAGAGCUGCUUUUCAGACACAGCAGGACGACUCAGUCUCAGGAAUGAUGGCCCUCUUAUGUUGCUUCUGUUUCCACUUGAUUGCUGAUGCCUGUAGAAUUUAUAUCGUGUAGGAUGGUUGCUAUAUCCAUUUGGAACAAUGAGUGCAGUGAUGCCAUUAGACAUGCUUCCCCAAAAUCAGGAAAUGCAUUCCUGUGAAGUGGGGGGCCAAUCCGUACCUCUUAAAAAAAGUCGAGGUUUAAGUUUCCAAUGAAACCUGCAGAAUUUGACUUUUUGAAACCCAAGAACUUCUGUGAACCGACUCCAUGUGGCUGUAUAAUUAAAAUGAUUGACACCGCCACUGAUUGUGAGACCCCCCAGCGUUUAGAGGAUAUCCUAUCAUUCGGUAUAAAAUGAUUGACGGCAGCUACAUUUUCAAGCACACCUACGCACAACUCCCUCCUCUCUUCCUUUCUCUGUGAAUGGAAGAUUACUCAUUAAGUGAGAAGGACAAACCAGGAGAAAUAAACAUGAUCAACUUAAGAAGAUUACGAAGAUCAGAGUCCACAGCACACCUCCAAUUAGAUCCAAGGCUGUUGUCUGUUUUGUGGAUCAAACGCAGCGACCGAGCGUAAACACACACAUUCAUUCACAUACUACAUUUGUUCCACCCUUCUUUCACCACCCUUUGUCUUUCUCUUACUUUGCUACCUUUCUAACCCACUCUUCACCACUUAUUCUUAACAUAUAGUAAAGGAAACACAUGAAAAAACUUUUUGGACUUUAAAGUGAGUGUGUAGAUUCUCUCUUCUGGAAGAAACCACCAGAAACAACCACAAACGGCACUUUAGAGGCUUAACACUUGCCGGCCUUCCUCCCUUUUUCCAACUCCUUAAAAAGUAUAACUAGGAUGGGAUUUUUUAAGCUCCACACACACACACACUAAACCAACACGUUGCCUCUGAUCACAUAUUCAUGCACUGCGUUCCUUAGGAGUGAGAGUUAUUCAUUGAUCCCAGCUGAGGUUCUGGUUUGUGUGAUGAAAGUUGAUUUCAUAGUACAGCUCAGUGGCAGUGAUUUCCAAACAGUGGUUCUUGUACCUGUGAGAACUUUAGCAAAUGCCAACUGGUGUGUAGGAAGAUUGUAAAGACUACUUUGUAGGUAAUGUUGUCUGAUUUAAAAUAGUCUGUAUUCUUCACAUCUGCUUUCAGUUAAUGGCACUUUUAAAAACAUCUCAUUGAAUUUUCAUGGUGAAUAAAACCCUUCACAGAUCUGAGACGGUUGUUUGUGUUAAAAACGUGGUUCAGGCGAGUUGGUGGGUGCCUGCUCAGUCAAGGAGUCACUCCCACAGCCAAAGACAGUUUAGUGGGAUCUGUUUGGUCUCAUGUUCACAGUAAAACUCUCUUGGGCCUUUUUAGUUUACAGUCAUCCAUCAAGUGUUGCUUCUAUGUGAGAUCUCUGGAUUUCUUCAGAAGCUUUUGCAGCGUUCUCAUAUUUGUACAGUGUGCACAGACACAAGCCAGAAACUUUUGUAAGGGUCACUCAGUUCCCUUUUCAGUUCCCUUUUCAGUUCACUUAUGAAUGGUGUGAACUACAGUAUGACCUGCAGCAAAUGCACUGUGUUUGCACAGAGACAAAGGAGACUGGAUUUACUUGAGACUUGGUGUCAGAGAGAAAAUUUGAUAAAUUGAAAUUCCAGAGUAUCACCUUUAACCAGUGGUCCCUCUUAAUUAUUCCAUCUAAGCUAAUCUAACUUUAACCAGGAUUUAGAUGAGUAGGGCCACUUCACUAACAAGAUUAUACAAGGAUAGUAGAUGGGGUUGUCUGAGUUGCAUGUCAUCAGGAAGUGUGCUAGCCAGAACAGAUGCUGUCAGCUCUUCUUCUCUGUUACGACACUGCCUGUAGAUCACCCCAAACAGGCAGUCUCCUGCACAUGAGACCAACUUCCAUGUAAUUUGACUGAUUUUGAGAAAGUCCUACGUAAGCAAUUUUUUAACUUUUUCAGCUUUGAUGGCAACUUUAAGUGCAAAAAAGAAAAUCCCCAAUAGAGUGUACACUUGCAGAGGAAAUGGAGCGGUCUUAAAAUCAACGAUAUGUCGCAUGUUUGUGUAUUUUCCCUAGUGUUUCUGUUCCCCAUUGUUCCUGUUCCCCUGUAGUCCAGUCUUGUGAGUUUUUCCCUCCUGUUCUCAGUGUUUUAUUCUUUAGAUCAGUUUUCAUUGUUUCCUGUUUUAUUUUGUAGUAGUUGAUUCCUAGUCUUGUUUUACUUCCCCAGUUUUCCCUCCCUCGUUAAUCACCAAUGAGUUUCACCUGUGUCUCGUCUGCCUCACCUGUUGCUCGUUUCCUAAAACCACUGGCUGUGUCCGAAAUGAUCCCUAACCGCUAUAAAGGUGACUAUAUGGGGGUUAAGCGCCACUUUGAGGGGUGUCCAAAACCUCAGUGAUCAAUUCCAAUGCCCCAUAUAGGCGACUCAAAAUUUCCCAUAGAGCAUUGCAAAAUGUAGUGACCAUCCGAUGGUAACUCACCAGUGGUGGGCAUCCCGUCAUGCAACUCAUGUAACUCUGGACACUAUAUUAUAUGGCAGACUUGACCCUGUCUGCAGAAAACUAUAGCCUAGCUUGCGCACAGAUUCUUCUGACAGUUUUUCAUUUAAGGGGCUGAGCAGACCAGCAUCAUUUCUGACUAAUACACACAGUGGUGACAUGUAACUCAAACAACUCCACUUCAAAAAAUGAAACCAUUUUAUUUCAGAUGUCAUUUGUGUCCAUGUUGACAGAUUUGUUUUUGGAUGUCUUGUACAUUCUGCCCCUUUUUUUGUGUGAAUGAAUUUAGCAUGCUAGCUAUCCAGGAUGAUCUUACUCACCAGUGGCUUAACUGUUACUCCAGAAUACAGAGAAACAGCUGUCAGUGGGAACAAUGAACCAGGGAGCCAGACUUAGAGAGGCUGAAGAUGUAGGUUUUGAUUAAGAGGUCUGGAACAAGUUCUUUAAUCAGACUUAAGUCAGUUUGCACAAUAUGAUCUGGCCAAUGAUUGCAGACGACCUGAAAGCAGAACUCACAGACAUGAUGGGGACAUGUGCAGAAUGUCAUAGUACUGCUGAAUAGCUUAAGCAUUAGUUGAAAAUGACAGACAUGACGCCUCUGCUUUAUUAGUUCUUUGUCUUCUGCCACUGUCCCAGUUUCUGACUUGAACAUCUGCACUAAACAAAACAACCUAGAGCAACUUUAAUGAAACUUCGCUGACAGCUCCCCCGCUAAACAGGAAACAGCCUUUAACGGUACCGCUCCACCACUGCAUCUUUCUCUCUACGUGGCAGCACCAUACAGAGACAGAGGCUGAGUGUGGUGCUGCUGAGUGGUCUGCUGGUUUUCUUGGUCUUAUAUAACAAGCUUUCUGAUCACAGCCUACAAGAACUUUGAGUUCUGACCUGCUCCGGUUGGUUUGUUAAUUCCAGUCGCCCCACCAGCCAGACGCUGAGGCCUGUUCAGUUUAUCUUUGACCUUCUUCAAAGAGCUUGCACGCCUCUUUCUUUCCCGCUCUUUUCUUUGUUGUUGUUGGUCUACGCCCCAAUGUUUCUCUCAUCUUUGGGUUCUAUCCUCUAAUCCUGACUAUGAUAACUGGGGGAUAAAUCUGUCAUUCCACUGGGUUACCCACUCUCUUACCGCACCAGCUGUUUUUACAGCGUCUAGACACACAUGUCAUAAUUGAUGAAGCAAGAGGACACCUUGGUGUGCUGCUGGACAAUGUGGACACAGUGGAGAGAAAGAUUAAAGCCAUACAAGGCCUUUAUUGUCCUCUGAUUCAAUAUGUGUGAGUGCAUUAUCGAGCACUCUUACCUGUGUGUUCACUGUAUAUCCAAAAGCAUUUGCAUUAAUCUGUGUGUUUUUAUAAAGAUCUGACUUUGUGAGCUCAAUACUUAUUCUGUUUUGUGUAUCAUCCAAGUGUGUGAGUGUGUGUUUGUAAACACUAGAGCUGGACAGGAGACGUGGAGGCUAAUGACUCAGUCUUUCCUCCAGCUGUUGGCCAGAGUCUCACCCAGUGUGGGUCAGCCUCAGCCAAACCAGUGAACUCAUCAAAAGGCUUCCUGUGAUAGCAAGUUUCUAAAACCGUCUCUUCUGCUGACGCUCAGGAUUGACUGGCCUCCUGCAUGGGCUUUAGUUUCCAGAUGAGCUUACUUUGCAUGUCUGGGACACAUAUUGAGUUCAGGUUUAAGAAAAAUAGAUGUUUGUUCUGGCUUGUCUGAACCCCGAAGGCAAAAAAAACACUUUUUUCUCAGGCCAAGUCUAAAUCCUCAUCUCACUGUUAGUGUGCUUAUCUUGCACAAACACCAUACUUUUGUGCUGUGCAUGAAUGCUCCAACUGCUAUGAUUAACUGAAAUGCAAUGAAUGUUGCAGAUCUGACUGUAACGAGCAGUCUGGAGCAGGAGUCUGAGUGCACUUUGGGGAGAACACGUGGCUGUAAUGGCGGGUUAAAGAAGAUGAUGCUGAUGAUGGUGUUUAUGGGAACAACCUCAGCAGUCCUCUGCUCUGUUUGGUCAGCUGCACAGAGGUUGGAGCUCUGACAUCACCAGCAGAAGUGAAUCCAGAGCGGGUGUUUGGUUCAGCAAGAGUGUGGGCCAGCUUGACCGCUGUGGGUGACUUUCUCACAGUCCUGUUGAAGGUUAUGCAAAUGUUAAGUCCCCACAGUUUAAUUUCAGGUUGAAUCAAAAUCACCUUUAAACUGGCAACCUCAGAGGAAGUCAGAUUUACAGCCAGCACUAAAGUUCCUGUGCUAUUCAAAUGGCAAAACAGCCUGGAGGCAACUUUACUGGACAGCACGAACGAUGUGCUGGAGAGUUUGCAAAUGAGGCAUCUUAGGCUUCGUUUAUACGUUCCUGGUCAUUUUAAAAAAAAGAGACAUUAACCAUUGUUUGCACCCUUCGUUUAGACACAAAAGGAGACUCAGCCACUGAAAACAAUGCUUUUUAGACUAUAUUUACGUGUGCCCGGCAAUUUUCAUUUCUUACACCUCCACACCUCCGUAUAUUCCUGUAUUUGUUGAGGGUUGUUCACCCCCAGAGCUGAUCAGUAUGGAGGUUCAUGAAGUAGGUUGGAGAGUUCCUUUGAAACAUGCUGCUUGAGUUUCUCUGUUGGCUUGGGUUUGCUUUCAUUCUGCAGACCAGUUCAGGUGGAGUCACUGACUGUUCAUGUGUAAUAUUCUUUCAAGAGGGAAAAUAUUCAUAGAAUUAAAAAAAAAAUUCAAGUUUACUAAGCAAACAAAAGCAGUAAAUACUAGUUUGGAUUCUGCUGAAAAUUUCCAGCCCCCCUAAACUGUCCUUGUUUGUCAAAUCUGGCCCAGUUAAAUUUGUGACUUAAUGGCCAUAUGAGGUAAGAAAACGGCAGAUUUGUGAGGGAUAAAAUAAUAGUUUACACAUUUGUUUCACCUUAACAAAACUGAAUUCAAGUUUAUAGUAGAUCCAACACAUUUUCAUUAGAGGUCUUUAAAUACCAGUGUUUUUUAAUGGUCCUUGGUGUCUCAUACAAACACACAAGGUAACCUCUGUUUUCUUUCCUUAUAACAUGAUGAGCUUGAACUGGUCAUUCUUUUGGGUUUCUGAAAAAAAGAGAGUUUAGGUUUAGGAAAAUUUGGUUAAAAAGUGACUCACUGUUGACUUUUGUUUUCAUACAGAACUGUGGUUUUCCUGGAAAAAGCUUUUAGUGGGUGUUUGUCUCAUCAAGUUUACCUCAUUUCCCUCUGUCGCAGACUUCAUCAGUCUUUCUUCAAGCCAGCCUACGCUGCACGCAUUUCUGUUGCUGCGCAUACAUUUACCUGCUUAAGUGGAAAUCCUGGUUUAAUCCUGGUAAAAACUCCAUACUGGAGCUUUAAAGAGGAUCUUCAAAUUCAAUGGAUGCUGGUGUGUUAAAUCUGCAGCAAUAGGCACAUAUGAUCUGGUUUCAGCUCUCUGGUUCAACCGUAACACAAUUGGAAUCAGAACAGUGAUGGGAAUUUUGGCUCUUUUUAGUGAGCCAGAUUAUUCGACUCGGCUCACCAAUAAGCUCCCAAACUGCUCUUCAUUUUACCACUUACACAUUUUCUAAUUUAGCCAAAUUUAGUGUUUUUUGGCUUAUGAUAUGUGUACACAUACCUCUUAAAUGAUUCAAUACAUCCUUUGUACUGAUGUAUUCACAAGUAAAAAUUACAUUUUCUAAUAUCAGUAACUUGCUGUAGUCAACUGUUUUCAUUGCAUUUACAGACCCUUGUAACUCUCUGAAACCAACCAAUGAAUGCACUGACUUACUUGUAGAACCACUCUGCUACACAAAGCAGAUAGAAAUCCCAUCAUUCUGCCUUGUAGUAUUUUUUUAUGGUCUGGAAAAAAUGAGGGAAAAAAAAAAGAAACGGCUCACAGACAGGGGCCGGCUCCCAUCGUUCUGAUUAAAGAGCCGGCUCUUUGAAUCAAUUCGUUCACAACCGACACAUCACUGAAUCAGAACAGUGAAACUUUGAAAAUAUGUUUUACAACAAUAGCGGUCUCUAAAUGGGGAUGACUGACAGUAAUUAUCUCUUGGUCAUGCAUUACAAAUCUGUUCCCAUGGAUUUGUAAUCUGUAUGCAUGGUUUGCAAAUUUGAAAACUUUAUGCAUUGGUGUUGCACGUUUGUUUUUUGUCUUGAUCUAGCAUCCAGAGUACUUUGUAUAUCGAUAAAGUUUCAUGAAACUCAAUCAGGGACAGAAGUAUUUCUCCAUCACACAGCAAAAGACACAAAUUGAUCGAUUGAGGUCUAGUUUAAUCUUCUUGUAGUUACCACAGUUAUAAUGAGAGGGGAUAUGUCUGAUUCAGUUUAGCAAGCAAAUGGUCGGUUGAUCACAAUGUGUGACUGCAUCAGGGUAAUUAAUCAGAGAGCACAUAAAGUUGGUAGAAAAAAAACAGCGCAACUUCUUUUCCUUUUUGGCAUGAUAUCUGAGAGAGGGCUGUGUUUUUGCACAUGUGUGUUUGUGGUGUGUUUGUGUAGGGGGGGAGGGGCGGCGAAGUUACCACAUCUGCUAACCAACUUUAUAGAGAAAGUCCUGAUCCAUGCUGUGGUCAUGAGAAGUUAAACAGAAAUUAGAUGGGGACAUGACAAACAUUCCUCUCUAGAUGAUUAAUGAUUGUAAUUUUAUCACAGAAAUAACACAACAGCUCACAUCUGGGGAAUUUUCUCCUGAAGGACGUGCAGUUUGUUUUAUAUGUCAUUUAGAUUUUUAUCCAUCAUUCCCUCUACUUUUUACCGGAAAGGAGUAAAAUGGCUCAAACUUUGUCAGAACUUCAGAUCUACCUGUUCAUAUCAAUGCUGAAUGUGUUUGUGCAUCAACUUUCUCUUUGAACGUCAUGAACACUUUGUAUUUUAAUGCCUCAUAAAUACCGUUGACCUGAAUCAUUAAUCUCAGCUUUCAGAAAAAACACAGAAAAAAGAGCUGAGCUUGACCUAUUGCAACAUGAAUACAAACCAGAUAAAUGAGGGGAAGUGGGGGUGAGAUAGCUAUCACUAUACAUCACUCUCAGCAAGUGGUUUUACUGAUAAACAAGCCAAACAAGAAGGCCGUCUCUUGUAGUGCCUGGGCUCUGCCUCCUCUGAAAAGAAAGCCCUCCCUCUCCCACACAGUGUUGAAUAGAGAAGUGCUCUGUGGCCACACACAGCUCUGCCAGGCCGUAUCUCAGUGCCAAACAUUUGAGCCCUCUCUCUGCUGAAGGCCUGUGGGCUUUUGUCUCUGCGUCUGAUCAGCGGCUGUGGUUGAAAGAGGCUGAAUAGACGAGGGCCUCGCUAUCGUGUUGGGCUCAGGUCACUCUCAAAAAGGGGAUGUUUCUCCUGGAGCAGAGGGCAUCUGCAUUGAGGUGGAGCCCAGACAACACAACAGGGAAAGAAAAGGAGGCGAGAGAGAAAAAAAGAUCCACCAGGUUUCGUAUUUGGGGAAAGGAUUUACGCGUCAAAGGGUGAAGUGAGAGCAAGAGGUCCCCCUCCACAGGCUCUAUCUGAGAAUCUCACACUCUACAUCAGCCGUGGCUUUUAGCACAAUUACAUCAUUUUAAAGUUAAACCAGAAUCUGGGAAAGCUUUUGAGGGUUUAAACUUUUGGGUUCAAGUUUUUCUUUGUCAGCACAUUGACAAAACAGUCAAUCCAAACCCGUUAUUUAGUGUCUCAGUGAGUCAAAGACCCACAUUUUUGUUUUGAAAAUAAAAGUUACUGCCAGAAAAUGAGAUGAUCUGGUUUUAUUCCAUCUUUUACAGACUCUGUUAUAAAUUUUUAGCUGUUUUGUUUCAAGGGGAUUAUAGAUUUACAAGACUUUGACUCAGUGAAACAAAGUAACCCUGUCAGUCUAACUUUGACUCAAAAGAUUUUUCCUGCUAUUGAUAAAAGCACUUCUGUAAAUGAUGUGACAAUUCAAUUUUGUGCUGUUUCCACUGAAAAGAAAUAUCUGUAUUUUCAAGAACUAGUCAAUAUACUGUAUUAUUUAUGAUUGUUUGUCAGAGGUGGAAAGAGUACUACAAUAUUUCACAUUUACUUUAUCGACUAUUGAACCCAAACUAAUUGCUGUAGUAUAACUGAUAAGAUUAAUGUGUAAAGUCAGUUGACUGUCAUCCAGGAUUAAGUUAUUGAAUAUUUCUGCAGUGUCUUUUUCUCAGUUUUGCACUUUGUGGAUGAUCCCUAAACUUCAAUCAUGGCAGACUGUGGAGAUAGGAUUGUUCAAAGGGAGCCAAAAGAAGGACUUAGUUGACUGUUAUAAGUAAAAAUGUCUGCUAAUAUAGGAGACAACAUUUCCCAUUCCCUCCCGGAAUUCGCGAUGUUGCAGCUAAUAACGCAAAUUCAAUGCGCUGCAAUUUCGUCAAAUCACCGCGAGUUUACCGCAAACUUGACCAAUAAACCAAGCCCUCUUUCACCCAAGCCUCUACGUGUCAUACACGUCAUCAUAUUCGCUUCCUUGUUUACAUUGAGAAUGUGAGGACGUGCGACGCUAACCGCUUACAUUAACCAACAAAUAUCGCCGCCAAAGUUCGUGCAAGUCAGUUUCCAGAUGUGUUAUUUUCUGCACUGCCUGCAAUAAUGCGGUGCAAUGUGAAAGUUGUUUCUCGACAUACACUUUUUAACCGCAAAACAUGUAAGGAGAACAGCUGAAACUCAAAGAGGGCAGACGAAACAAGUCACAAUGACAGAGGCUGUAAAGAAUCCAGAACAAUAGCAGUGUCAAGGUAUGUGCGGAUAUACCCUUAAAAGCAUUAGAAGUGAAUAAUAAUAAUAAAAAAAUAAAUUGUGGAUGCAUUGUUGACUAGAGUGGAGACAAAUUCACUUUAUAAGAUUUAAGUUUCCACAGUCCACCAUCACAUUUACUGUUUUUAAUCCAUGUAUGUUAAGGUCUUUAUUUCAAAAGCUACACAAAAGAGGCCAGGUCCUCAAACUCAUACACAAAUGUGCUAAAAAUGAAUAAAAGUAAAUCUAUACUUUCCAGCCCUGUGUGCUGGUUAUUGGAUUGUCCAUCCAGUGAUGUUGUGCCUGAAACCUUUAGCUCCACUCACAUGUUUAUCAGAGAUCAGGAGGUCACAUAUGAUUUGAAGGAAGCUAAAUAAACCAAAGGAGGAAAGUUUUUGUGAAACACCUCAGAACAGUGUUAACAUUGUUAUAAUGCACUGUAAUGAUGGGAGUGUCUGUGCUGUAAUCUUUCAGCCACAGUCUGUGCGGUUGUUACAGAUGGAAAUUAAACGCUUGAAGUCGCAGAGUGUUUAAAUUUCUGCAUCUUUAUGCUGAAAAGGUUGCAAUAAUCCCACUCUUUGAACUCUUUGGGCAGCGCAGAGGAAGAGAGGCGGAACAGGCAUUUUAUCAGUUUGUAUUAGCUGCAGCUUUCAUCUUUCUUGUUUGCCUUCUGGUGAGCUAAUUAGCUGUUUCCUGCCCGCUGAGCGUUUUGGGGUGGGCAUGGCAGCAGUCCGAGGUUAAAGGGUGGCACAGGCCGGCGGCUUGAUUACAGGUUUGGGUUGUAGCCACGGCUGCUGGAACAUGGAGCUGCGGGCAUCACAUGUGUUGGCACAGGGUGCGGGCACUUCAGAUGUGGUCGGGGACAUGUGGAAGCUUUCGAGGGUUUAUCCUGCCCUGCCCAGUUUAGAGCUGCUGAUGGAAGAGAGAGCUGACAUUACAGCAGUCAGACACUGAAGACCUGUACUCAGACGAACAAACAGAGGGAUGCUCUGUGUGUAAACAGAAGUGUUUGUGUGUGUGUGCAUUUAAAACGGCUUGCAGAGUUUUGCUGUGUGGGUGUGAACUCAAGUUUUUAAACUUUGGUUUUGAAAAGUUUGGAAAUAUGUUUGCUGUUUUGUUGUCCAUGAUUGGCAAAAUUCUUUGCAAUCUUAAAAGUUUAUGUUGAUUAAAUUCACGCUAGCACACUAACAAGGUUUAAAAAAUUAAAAAGAGGCAUUAUGUGCACUUUUAACCAAAUACUCUGGCCUUGUAGCCUGUCUGAACUUUUCAACAGUGAGAUGGAAACUCAAACCGUCUUUGAUUACCAUUCCUGCUUUUCUCCUGGGUUGUGUUGAGACAGUGUUCCCCUUCAUGUCCGAGGGGCCUUCUGUCAGGCAUGUUGACUGAAAGAGUCCAACAAGCCCCUGGAAUUGAAGGGAUUGGCAGCUCUCUUGACAUACUGAUGACAACAGUGUUGCAAAAGCAAAACUCAAGUCAAAGUCAGAAAAACAUUGAACUGGCAUCAACAUUUCCCAUGCUAUCCCUCUGAACCCCCCCUUCUCCUGUCUUUCUCCUCCAUCACCAGCGUCCUGCUCUGACCCAAACAGCCUUGUGAUCAUAAAGUCACUCUGUGGUCCAGGGUUUUCCUCCCUGCGUGGCAGAGCUGCCUGCCUGCUCUGUGGGGGACGUUCAGUGGUCAGUUUGUUCCAGAAACAGGGAUGGCAUCUGUUCCACAUGUAACACAGGCAGCACUUUAAAGGCCCAUCAAACUUUGUGGGUGAUUACUUUAAUGAAGCAAAGUAUGCCUGCAUGCAUCUUUUAAUUCAUAUUUACUGGCUUUAUUAUACAACAUAGUCUGUCAAAAAAUGUAAUUAACAUGUUUGACUUUUCCUUUCUUAAUGAAGACAGUUUGACAUGGAUUCAUUUGUGCAAUGAUAAAAUAAGACCAGGGAAAGUGUCUUCAGCCAUAAGCACCUUCUCUUUAGACAUGACCGAAUGAUCUGGACACCAAAAGUAACUGUUCCAUGGUCCUGUAUGCAUGAUCAUGAAUGUUAACAAGCACUGGGAUGAGCAGGAAUACACUGUCUUAAAGUCCACCUCACUUAGUCACACAGAUAAAGACUGUGCAUUCCAGUGGUCAGUUCUCUGUAUUUAAAGUGAUACCAGGCAGACUUCUAAUGUAAUUCAAUCCUGGACAGUGAGAAAGUGGUAACAGCAAGAUGUCUUUCAGGUCAUUUGCAGACAGGUCAAAUUAAAUUAAAUCAAACUGAAUAUCUUUUGUAGCAUUUUUAAAUCAAGCUUUCUAGUAAUACACAGUUAUUUUACAGGGUAUUAUGAAGGAUGCACCUGAUGUCACCUUCAUGGCUUGGAAAGACCGCUGGCUGGCCUCUGAUUUGGAGCUUUUGAGGUGCUGCUCUGACGUGUUCUGCAGCCUCUGAAUCAGGAUGCAGCUAAUAUUUCCAAUGUCCAUCUCAGUUCACCCUUUGCGUCUAUACUAUUGUUGCAAUGAUUGUAUUAGUUGUGCUUUUGUCCAGUGGGUUCCAUUCUUAAUUGGUCAUCCAGUCGUUCAGUGUGACAAUGGACAGUGUGCAUGAUCAGCUAUUUGGUGAGGAUACCCCACGCAUAAGGAUUUAUAAUUCUAAAUACUGAACAUGUUUAAUACAAAUUCCAAAAAUUACAGUUCCAUGUUGGGAGGCACCAAUCGGCCAUUCAAGAAUCCUGCUUGUGCAUCUCUGAGCUUGCCUCAGCUAAUGAAAGAGCAGUGGGAGACUGUGAGAGGGUUGAACCUCACUUUACAGCCUCAUAUUAAGCUCAGUGCGCCUCAUGUAUUUUAGGCCUUUUUCUCUCUCUUAUAUCCCUCUCUGUCCGCUGUGGCAGACUGCAGACCAAGGGCAAUAGCUUUGCAUCGUGGGCCAGCUGCUGGAGCAAACACACACAGAGUCUGAAGUGACCAGUUGGCUCUCUGUAAAACAGAAAAUCUUUUUUGAUAAUUGAGGAAGGUUGUAAUUCAGUGCUGCUUCUGUCUAUUUGAGGUCCUUUAAGUACAGACUGAAUCCAGCCUAAGUGAGUGGAGGAAGGAUCAGGACUCGUGUUUUAGUGUCAGAAAUAACCAAUGGCCUUUUUCGGUUGGGUGAUUUAGCGCUGUCAGCUAAACUACUAACAACGUUGGUGCAAGUUCAUGUUAACAUGUUGUUCUGUGGUAGCGGCUAAAAUGACACACAGUUUUUCAUGUUAGCUUGUAAGACAGCACAUAACCUUAUACUGAAAUGCUGCCUUUGCUUGUUUCUUCCUGUUAUUAUGUUUUCUUUUAGCAUCAUAACUAUUCAGACCUGAACAGAGACUUCAAUCUUAUGGUUUAUUGAACAGUAAUUAGCAUGCACAUCUUUAACACUCGAACUACCAAGGCAGUCAUUUUAACUGCUUUCAGAAUUCACAAUGUCAUAACAUUUUAUAAAAACAACCUAUACACCAGUCGCACCCUGGCUUUUUCCUAAAUGUGUGUAUAUUUAAUUCUAACAUUGUUUUACCAUUAAAAUAAAAAAAAACACAAAAGAGAUCUGAGUAUUACUACCUCAAAUGACCAGAGCAGUCAAAUUGACUGCGUGCGUUUUACAAAUCCAAUCCAAGUUUCUUUAUAAAGCACAUUUAAAAGCAACAAAACGCUGAACAAAGUGCUGUACAGUAAAAAUAAGGGGUGUUAUAUUUUACUAUUUGCUACAUUUUCCGUCUCUUUCUCCUGCCCUAUUGUUUGUUUUGUGCUUUAAGCUCUGUAAAGCUAAAAUCUUGCUAUAACUUUACCCAAAACUCAAGAGACUCAAAAAUGACAACUAGAAGAAAAAUGACAAGUAUGGAGGAAGAAUCCGAUGGAUGAGCAAGUUCAGGAAAUGAUAUGUCUUGGUAUUUUGAGGAAGGUUCUUAGAAAUCUCAUUCAUGAGAAUUUUCAUUUUGUCUACUGAUGUGUUUUUUUUAUCUAUCCCACCAAUUUAUUCGUUUUUAAUGUUGAUAAUCUAGAUUAUGUGCAAAUAAAGACUGAGCUGUCAAAAUGACUGCUAUGGUCAUUCGAGUAGUUGCAGAGUUUUGGUAGACCGAGAGUUAAAAGUGUGUAUGUGGACAGAGCUGAUGGUGAUUCUGGCAUCAAGCCCACCAACUUUUAUUGGGAAUGCUCUGUUUUAUGUCUUGAGCUCUUCCACUUCCCUCCACCGGUGCGCCCUGUGGAAUCAAGCUGAUUUUUUCACAACCCUGAAACUACUUGAACACAAUCAGAUACACACAGAGUGCCGGUGGCUUGGAAAAGCUGUAAAUCGCUGCUGACUGGGCCAAGCAUCCACGGACACGAUCUAAUUUAGAGAGGGCGCAGCCUUACUUCUGACUCACCAGUCAGCAACAGUAGCUGGCAUGUUGGGGCUGAGGUUUCACCGGGUCGCUGGUCCUUUAUGGAUGAAAAUGGACGAGAAGAUGAAAAUACCCACUGUUCUAUAUCAUGCUUCACUUGCAGAGAAUAGUAGAAUGUGCUGUUCCCCUUCUCAUAAAUGUACCAGGGCAACCUGAGGACAAAUCUCAGCCCGGUUUAUCAGAGGAGCUGCGGCUUAAGUACCCCAGUUUCACACUAUGUCCACUCUUUUGAAGUCACACUAACACCAACAUGACACUUUCCCGAAGUGAGAUCAGUGUCUCCUCUCAAAGGUCAAAGGUCAGACUCGACAGGGUGAAGACCUUGACUCUAAACGUGUGUACGUUUUUCAAUAUUCUCACUCAGAGGUCAGGGGUGAGUUAGAUCAAAGCCAAAGCAAAGGUUAAAGUGAAGCAGGUUAGUCUGGGCCUUGUUGUGUGUUUUUGAGGAAGUGCACAGGGGAAAGUGGACAUCACACCAGCGUGUGAGCUAAGAGCGGCCUCUCUGAACACAGAUUGACUGAGGGGAGCCCCUCUGAGAGCAAACACCACAGGAGAGAGAGAGGACACGUUCGACACGCCACCUCUGUCAACACUCAGGAAUGUUUGAACAGAAUAGAUUGGUGAAUAUUUUCCAAAGUAUCCCAUUGUUCCAAGUUCAGACAGAGUUUUCAGAGCGUAACUCACCCAAAGGGGUAAAUACCUAGAGUGCAAUAAGAUUGACCAAGAUUAGGGUUGCUUAACUAGCAGGAAAUGAAAUCAGAUCAGCUAACUUUUUGCUGGAAGGAGUUUCAUAUUUACCAGACAGAUAUAAGAGUAAGAUAAAGAUCGAUUGUCUCGUUUUUUCUUUUUGCACGAAAUCCCCAAAUGAAGCUUGAAUCCAAACUCUUGUAACUGUUUCAUUGUGACCAGUAGGAGUGAGCGCCAGCCUCAGAUCAUUGGCUAUGGAUUGGUGACAUUGUGCCAGGAAGCUUUCUUUAUAAGACUUCUGGUAUGGUCAGUAAUCCGCCUUACUUUUUCUCUACUGCCUGACUUGUAACUUAAGUUGUGAGAUGGAGUUGGUGUAGAGAAACAACACUGAAAAGGCAGAUUAAUGCAGCAAUUACAGACAUAUGUUUGAUUGUAGAUUUAGUGUGAGCCAAAUCUUAUCUAGAUGUCUGCGUCAACUCGACAACUCAGGGUCCAAGUGGUGAGAGUGUAAGAGACCAGAGAGAAUAAUGAAGUAUGUCUGUGUGUGUUCUCAGGGUAUGGCGUUCUCUCUGGAGGAGCGUCUCCAGCUGGGGACUCACGGCCUUCUACCUCCCUGCUUCAUCACCCAGGAUGUCCAGCUGCUCAGGGUGCUCAAAAACUAUGAAAUGCAGAAGGAUGACCUGGACAGGUGAGGCUGACGUUCAAACUACCACGUCAUGAUAUCUUUCAUCUUCUAUCAGCUUCAGAUUGAACUUAAAAUGACUCCCCUGAGUAUCCCCCCUGCCUCACAGCUCACUGAGAGAUCCCACUGUACAUCUGGAAGCUUUCAGAACAAGAUGCAGAUUAGCCACCAGCCCUCAGAGAGCCAUAUCCAUCUCCUAACACCACAUAUUUUACCAAACAAAUCCCCUCAGUCUACUCUCUUCUUUACUCCCAUUUCUCCUUCUCCUCCCAGUCCUCCUUCAUGAGUGUUUUUAUUACCUCCACAGAGACCGAAUGAGAACUCCGGUCCAGUUUUGCACGCUUCAUUAGACACUUAAGAGUCGUAGCUGUUAUAGCGUUAUGUAAUGAAUCUGCCUCAUGGUAAUGUUUAAGACUGGACUCUUAAAACGAAAGCUCAGGCCUCAGACUGGAAUCAAGACCUCAGUUCACUCACUGGUUUGAAUUAUGCGCUGAAACUGAAUGUUAUCUGCCUGUGAAACUGCUUCUUAUUGUAGAUGCCCACUUUUAGUCAGCCACUCCAUCAGCUGUCGUUUCUAAUGUCAAGGAUGAUUGAGCUGCUAGAGAGACAGGAUUUAGGCUUGACAGGAAUUAUAACACAAUAAAAACAAUGCAGCAGAUAAAAAGCAGCCAUUAAAAGAUUUUUGCAGCCAUUUUUCCCAGGCCUCACCAGAAUCACUGACAAUCUGUCUUUUGGGCUUCUGCACUCCGACUUCAGGCUCUGGUCCCCUGGAUUAAAGACUCCUAUUUGCCUGCCAUUUCUCAGUCCUGCUGUGUUUACUUACGGUCUGUUACCCAGCUCUGGAUCCGUCUCUGGUAUUUACUGUUGAAAACUGGCAUUUACUUUUUACAGCCAUAACUUUCCCCCAGUGCCUUUUCUAUUUUAAUCAGAACAUUUUGACAACUCUGUACUCCUCUCAGUGGAAUUUAUGCUGUUCUUUUCUUUUUGAGACAAUUAAUGGCAGAGAAAAAAAGCUCUGCUGACAGAAGCGCUUAUGAUCUGAGAUGAUGGAACGAUCCUAGAUCCAGCAGUGACUUUGUUGUCAACAGAGGAAAAAGAUGUUCAAAGAUGUUGCCAGCUGAAAUACUGCAGUGCAUAAAAUGAAGCAGCUAUGGGAAAAGUCAUUUUCAGGAAGUUGUUAAAAAGUUCCAAGCUUAAAAUGGGCCUGAUGGAGCAGAGAUGGUUGAUCACUCAUGCUAAAAUAGAUUAAGAUGAAGAUAGAUUAUAUCCUGGCUUCCUUAUUGACUUAAAAGGAAACUCUGAACUCAGUAAGUCAGCAUAGAUCCUGCUUUAGAAAGCAGUGUGUACUGUAAAUAUUCCUGUUUCCUGGGUGUGGGUAGAGCUUACCAAACCUUUUAAGGUUGAGAAUAAAGAAACCAGAAUGAAACCUAACAAACGCUCUACAGCAACAUGUAAGGAUCUGAUGUGGUUAUCUUAUUAUUGAGAAAAGAACAUAAAUCUCGUGAUUCACAUAUAAGGAAGUGAAACAGCUUUUGUCAAACCGAUGCUUUCAUAAGUCCCAUUCAGUCUAGUCAGUAGGGAUGGGCGAUAUGGACUAAUAAAUUUAUCACGAUAAGAUAAUGAUAAAAGUCCAGAUAAAAAAUAUUCUAAUUCCAGUCUAUAUUUUUGACUCAUUUUGUCUUGAGAACACCAGUUGGAGUCAUCAAAUAAGAAACUUAACCACAAGAUUAAGUGGUAGCUUAUGGAGAAAACUAAUGACAUCAAACAAGUCUCAAAUGUGAAAACAUUUUCAACAUUUGUUGAAAACUCUCAUUGCACAGAGUGACCAGCAGCAGAUCCACUGACUGAUGUCAGGCAUAGCGCUCAUCUAAACCCCAAUCUUGAAGAAAAUCCCUCAUGUGGAUCCUCGUUUAGUAAUUAGCUGCUCAGAAACGUCUUCUUCAUUACCUUCUGCCAUGUUUGUUUGUUAUUCUGCUCUGUGUGGGCUAUGGCUGCGAGUCCGUCGCUUGCACUUAUGUUAUUAGCUUGCAUUUAUCAUAUUCAUCAUGAGAUGGCAAAUAUUUGUCAUGGAGGAUUUCUCUGACGAUAUAUCGUGAACGAUAAUUUAUCGCCCAUCCCUACUAGUCAGCUUCUUUUUUCAUCCCUGAAUUAAAGGUUUCAGUACAUCGUAUUUAGCAGUAUAGAAUAGAAAAGAUGAGGAACAAAUUUAGUUUCAUUUUGUUUCGUUUUCUACCUUCAAUAAGUUGGGCUUGAAACAUCUAUCGCAAAACUGACAUCAUCUCCACAUUUCGAGGCAAAUUGAAACCCUUCAUGUGAUGGAUUGUAUGUGGCAGAAGCAAAUUUGGUUCACCAAUAUGCAAACAGUUUUCUACAAGAGGAACUGUCACCACCGUGUAUUGUGCAGCUGCUUUGCCUUAACCUAUAGCAGAGAGGGCGUGCGCGCUUUUAUCCCCUUAACAAGAGGCACCUUGUGCUCCUGGCUUUACGGAAACUUCUCUGAUUAGACGUAGAGCCUUUCUGGCUUGCUCUGCUUAAUUUGGGUCAUAUGCAAACUCUCAGUUCCUAGUCAAUCAGAACAAAGAGCUUGUGUAGACUAUCAGGGAGUGGAUUUUUAUUCUGUGUAUUUUUCCAAUCAUUUGGAACAGAAGCAAAACAAAUCUGCACAAGUAAUCAUUGUACAUGUGAGCACAGUUCUUUUCUUCUGCUUCUUUCUUUCUUUCUUUUGCAACGCUUUGCUUUCACCGGCUGUUACAGUUUUGUAUUUGCCUGCCAGACCAAUUUUCAAAUGCAAAUGAGUCUGGAGCCUCUGUGUUCUUGACGAUUCCCGAUGAAUGUAAUCAAUGUGAAUAACUCACAAUGUCCUAAAAUUCAGCUUUAUAGAUCUACAAAUGUGUGAAGGCAGAAGACUUCAGGCAGCUUACUGUCUCUGACACUGACAUCAUAUGGCUUCCAUUCAUCAUACAUGGAUGCUAGUCAAACCGGAUUUAUUCAACCAUCUGUUUUAUUAUGGAUGAACAAAUUCAGCAUCUUGCCUCUCUCUGUUUAUUGGCAUUUUCUCUGCCAAGAUUCUCCUCUCUCACUCCCUCAAGUCUUUCCUUUAACAUCUUUCUCACAAGCACACAGUAUAUAACAUCUGACUUUAAUAAACCAACCUCUCCAGGAUGUCAAAGAUGAACCUGCUGUGCUUCCCUCCCUGUCACUCACAGAUACGUGUUUCUGAUGGGGCUCCAGGACCGAAACGAGAAGCUCUUCUAUCGGGUGCUAACGUCAGAUAUUGAAAGGUUCAUGCCUAUCAUUUACACUCCCACUGUGGGCCUGGCCUGCCAGCAAUAUGGACACAUAUUUAGGAGACCAAGGUGAGACACUCUUACACCAAAGAGCUGCAAAAAAUAUGAGUUACAAGCUGCAGUUUGAAUCAAUGAUAGCUGUGAGCGGAUAGGCUAAGGGGAAGUGGGUGUAACUGUUUUCUCCCACCCUGCCAAUCUUCCACCACUCCGUUAUUAGGUGUUUUAUGACAUUGGCAAUUUCAGUGUUUUUGUUGCUGCAUUUUCAUCAACUGCUGGCUGUGUGGUACAAUUAUUUCUCUUCUACAGGCUUCUUUUUCUCACAUAAAUACGCAUAAACACACUGGAAAAAGCUUCCUGAUUGAAGGCUUCACACUAUAACAGCUCAUAUACAACAUAUAUUUCUGCCAAGUUGAUAUAAAUAGGCUACCAUCUCUGUGGGAGCAACAAGUGUUACAUCUAAUCAGCAAGACUAUGUGUGUUUUCGUCAGUCUCUGCAUAACCAGCAAAUGCAAUGCUGCCAAUGCACAAAAAUUACAAGGUCAAAAACGCACAUCAAACACUUCAAAACUAGAAGAAAACAAUAAGCAGAACAAAAAUAUCAUCAAAAUCUUUAUAUCUUAUUAAUUUCGGUAGAGGAGGUGGAAAACCAAUCAUGAAUUAUGCUGUUUAAACAUCCGCAAAAUCUUUCUGUGUGAAAUACUAAUAUUAUUAAAAUUAAAAUUUCCAAUCAACUAGACAGGAAUAACAAUUUUAAUAAACUCUGAAAACGGUCCAAACCAAGCACAAUGCAUACAAAGCUCCUGUGAGGAGUUUUUGAUUGGUCAUGUAACAGACUGAAAUGAACAAUGAGGCCUUUCUACGAUGUUCAAAGGCAAUGCGACCAUCAUGUCCAGUCUUGCAACAUCUUAAAUAUGAUUUUAACAACUGUAAGUCCUGUGAAGGGAUGGGCAAGCUGCAGUGAAACUUUGUUAUGUACAAAGAUGAGAGGAGAAUAUUUUUCUGUCACUUUCAUAAAGAUAAGACAAAAAUAGCAAGGAUUUAAGGGUGACUACUUUGUCCACAAGGGGCAUCAAAGUCACCACAAACAAAAAGUUCCUUGCAGGAGCUUUAACACAGCAAAACAUACUCCGAAACUACUGCAUUUAGCCCUUUCAGUUGUUGUAGAACAAAAUCAACAGCCAUUUAAAUGCCACUAUAAUGUGAGUUAUUGUGUCAUGUGUGUAAUUUGGCCUAUUUUUACAUACAUAAUGUCAUGGCAUGUUCUCCUAUACAACAUGACUGAAAAUAAGUGGACCUAAAAGUUAAAGCUACUGUGAGGCGGUGGUUAUUAAACAGGUUUAAACUCGUACUCAUGUCCGUAUAUGUAAAUUCUGUCCUGUUGUCUCAAACAGUUAUGCCUGUAACUAAUGCCAGAGGGGUAGCGUCAGAUGAAGUGAGUCACAGAGUGCUGUUUAAAAGACGUUUAUUGACAUUUUUCACUGCAAAGACUCAUAGUGAGUACAACAUUUUACUGUCACAAGACAGCAAGACAUUAUUUUUCAUCAGACAACGCGACUAAGACAUGUUCAGGCGAAACCAGCAAAGAACAAAGCGGUAAUGUUUAGUCCACAAGCUAAGCAAUACUGACACAAACCUUAAAUUUCUUACAGACUCUUUAACUGGUAACAUGUAGAAUACUAACAAAUAAAUAACAGAUAAAAGUCAUAAUCAGAAAUAAAACUACAAAUAGCAGACCUUCAAAAUAAAAUAGUGGGGCAAAGAUGAUCAUUUUUAGACUUUUAAAAACCAGCAUCUUAUAGCCAGUCAACUUUAACAGCUCACACACAUGAUGAGCACACAUUAGGAGAUACUGACUUGACUGAUAUUUUUGAAAUAUUAACUGUUAAAGAUCUGAUACUGGGCAAGUUUUGCUUAAAUAUUUAUUACGAAUAAAUACCUAAUCAAUCAUUAAAAAAAUUCACGCCAAGUACCGCCCACACAAGAACAGGAAAAUUAGCUCCAACUAAAUCUGUCUCUUGUCAGCAGCGUAUACUGGUCACCACUCCACCUUUAUUUUGAGCUUUUUUGCUAACCACUCACUGCCCUUAAUCUAAGCUUGUGUGUGCUGUUGUGUGGUGCUUAUUCACCAGUUUAGAUAACCUCUUUGUUGGAUUUGGAAAAACAGUGGGGCCCUGGUUUAGUCAGUUGUGCCAAAGCAGUCUGGUCAUUUCCUCCAGGACUUUUGGGUUAACCAAAUCUCUUUGUCUGGCAUUCAAAGUCAUGCCCUGUUUCUGCACAAAUCUAGAGUUUGGAGGUCACUUUAUCUCUCUUGGACUGCUCAGCUCGAGAUAUAUCAUUGUUAGUUGUUGAAAUCAGUUCAGAGUUCACCCUCAGUUGAUCUGGCUCUGCUCCAAGCAGUCAGACACUCACUGGUUCCCUCCCCUCCUCUUUUGUAAACACACUUUCACUCUCACACACACUCACAGACACCUUUCUGCCAGUAUCUGUUUCCCCUCAAAUGGUUCAUCAGGUCCAGGUCUCUCUCUAUCUAACAGCAACACUCCCUGAGCAGUAGCUAAAAGAGCUAAUGCUGAUAGUGCUUUUAUUCUUUGUUUUGCUUGGCCCUGUUACCCACCAUACACAGGUGGUUACCAGUGUUGGGUUUGUUUUGACUCCUAAAGUGAUAGGGAAGGACCACCCUGGUUAACAGGCUUUCACAGACUCUCAAGCUCAAUUACUACUGAUAGCUAUGAUCACUGACUCCCUUCAGGAUUGAAGUGGAAACGAAAUAGGAGCUUAUAAUCAACAGGGCUGGUUAGCUAAAGCUGAUAGCCACCAAGUAUUUGACACACAAUAGCUGCCGUUGGUGGGAAUUUCACUUAAGUUUUGACAACAGCAUUGCUUGUAUGACAAAACCCUUGUGUUUCUGCUUUAGCAUGGUUCCAGGGUGGUUUGUCUUUUUUCCCCAUACCAUGCGCUGAUGUUUCAUUGAAGGCUUAAUUCAUUCUGCUAGUCACGGCUGUUUCUUGUUAGCUGUGAAACCCCAGUUUUCCUGAUCGUGGCCAAACCCUUUUUCCAAUGGUUACCUUGGGUGUGUUUAAAAUACUUAGAAACCCAAGAUCUCUCAUGCAAAUUACUUUUGUUACUCAACAUCUCCCUGUUCCAUCCCUGCAGAACUAUGUGGAAAAUAUUCCUUGCAUGCUUUCCCUACACUCACCAUCAGCUGGCUGGAGGAGUCAUUUUAUAGGCAAACACUCCUUCACUCCCACAACACAGAGGACCAGGAUCUUCCCUGCUAAGUUUCUGUGUUUUAGACAUUGACCUUUAGAAAAUGAGCACCAGGAGAUCAGUUAACUGGACAUUUGGCCAACAAAGCUGACUGUCCUGACAGAUUUAGUUUUUCAUCCUGGCUGAUUCUAACAAGUAACCACGGCAAAGAGGAGGUCACCAAGCCAGGACUGUGAUAGAUUUGACUCUGCACCUAUAAUUCUUUGUGUCUGUGUGUUUUUGAUUGUGUUCAGACUUUUAUGAAUUUAAGAGGAUGUGUUAUUAUUGUUCAGUUGUUGCUUCUGUUAAACCUCUCAACAAAUCAACCUGGCUUUACCUUUUUUUUCUGCUAAAGCAGGGUAUAAGUUAUGAUACCAAAGCUCUGAGGCUUGUAUUACUUAAGUGAACUGCACAGCUUCACUCCUCUGUCAAAGAUAAGACUUCCAAGAAUGGUGACAUCUGAAGCUUCAAACGUCAUUAGCGCUUCAAAAACUCUUCAGUCAGCUUGAUGGUUUUGAAAGUCUCAUUUUUAAACUGCCACUGGCAAAGGAUAGAAAGUAAAUAAGUGGUGUAUUCAACUACCAAACAUGUUGACUCAUCUCUGCUGAGUCUGAAACUUUUUAGUACAAACUGAAAGAAAACCCUCAGAGCUUCACGAGGCUUCUUCUCUUCAUCACUAACUCAAACGUGCCGAUUUUAGGCCAUGUCAAGAUUAACAAUCACAAAUCCUUGUCUGUGGGGGGGAUCUACGAGGAUGGCCAGGCAUGCGUUCUGUCACAUGGAACAACAUUAUAACCAAUCAGGAAGGCAAGCUGACGAGGCAGCACAAUAAAUGCAGCCAUGGCAACGACAGUGAAAACGAAGCACAAACUGAGAUGGACACCAGAAAUUUAGAACCCAUUUGUUGACACUUGGCUUCAUCCUGAGUGUUCACACAACUUUUUUUAAAAAUGUACCACAGCCCAAACGACAAGGGGACAAAAUUGCUGCUGCAACCGAGUUGACUGUCUUGUUGUCUGCCAUGUUUGUUAAUUCUACCAUCAUGUUUGACCAAGAGAAAUCUGAUGAGAUUGCCAGAUUUGGAAUUAGGAGUCUCCGGUUGCGGGUGAAAAGAGCAAAAAAGGAACAAACCGUUACAUCUGUCAUUAUUUGUAGUCAUCUGUGGGGUCUGUUUUUAGGGUCUGUGUGGAUAAGAUCACGACUUUUAUCUCUGCUGGUUCGUGUUGUAUGUAAAGCAUGCUUCUGCUUUGAUCUCAAAUUCAAUACAAAGGGACUCCACCAUCCUUUCAGAAAUAUCUGUAAUGGAUUACUGCAUGCGUGUAUGCAUGCGUGUCUUCCAGCAGGACCACCACAGCAGCAGAUUAGGGCUCUAAUCACCGGCUCUCAGGUAGGUAUAAAGACUUUCUGUUUGAGAACAGCAGUCUCCGCCUUUCUUGCCUGACUUUACCCGCUAAUCUGCCUCACGGAGACUAAACACUUCGACACCAGGCUCAGUACUAGAGGCCAAAGGUCAAGCCCCAUUAAGUGUCGAAACACGGCUGAUUCACUGAUCUUUAGAUGGAGCAGAGGAAGGAAGGAGAGCAGGAAAAAAGGAACACAUUCACAUCAUCAGAAGAUUAGUAGACAUGCUUCCUUUGAUUGGUUAGAAAGCUCAUGAGCGGACAUAGUGUUCAGCAGAGAAAGUCCUGUCCCCACACAAGUUUGUUUCUGUUUUCAACUUAAAUGUGGGUUGUGUACUUUGUUUGACAGGUGAAAGUACUUGGUUGUGAUAAAUGAUAAUGGUCAGCAGCAGAAAAAUGAUCCCGAGUGUUGCAUGAAUGUAAUUAGCUUCAGUUUGGUCAUUUGCAGCUUCGUCAUGUCCUCUGUGGUGCAUGGCCGAGGAGAGUCCAAAUAAACUUGUAAUGAAGUUAGAGUCUGACUGUUCAAAGAGCUCUCUAGUUAAGUGACACCAACCAAUCCAUCUUGCUGAUGGAGACGGAUGAUCAUUGGUAGCCCAUUACAGGAUUCUGGGUUCAAGAGUCAAAGGUUCACAACUUGACUACUACAGCUGUCUGUCAGACGGUGGAAAGUAAGACGUAGGCAUUCCUUAUCUCGAGAGAGGUGGAGGGAAGACCAGAUUCUUUUCUUCUUCUUUUUCUGCCACUCCUACUUUAUCAGCCACAGGUUUUAUCACCCGUGUAAACAUUUUAUCUCUUGAUAUAAUUCAAACUACUACACUGUACAUGUUUUUACUUGCAUGUCAAAUUAUGACCACCCAGGCUCUGUGCAGCAGCAGCAGUUCAAGACAAGAUUAUGUUUAAUUUGUGUCAACUUUGUUUAAGUUUUAGACUACCAAUUCAUCUCUGCCUCUUGUCAAACAACACUGGUGACAAAGCUGUGAACUAGAAUCAGAGCUGUCAUGUUGAUUGGCAUAUUGGCCUCAGUCACACUGCUGAUCAAGCACCAAGCCUAAACCAGUCUGAUGUAGGGUGCCUCUGGCUAGGGGUUUCUGUAGCUAAUUGACGACGAGAUGACUUUCUAAACUACUGGUCAAUGCUAUAGCAACUGUCAGCUAGUCGAAGAACAGACCACAGACUCUGACAUGGGGUUCGAGGCAUGUUUUGUUUAGAAAAGUCAUCAUGUAUUUUUUUCUUUUUUAUAGAUUAAUUUUGUUGAUAACUAGUGUGACAUCUCAAUGUGAAAUGCUUGAAAUGAUAAGGUAGAAAGGAUAUGAGAAGGAUAGUUAUAUUUUGCUAUCAACAGUUGCAUAAAAAGACAUAAAUCUUCACAGCCUCAGUGAACCUGCUGACACAAAUGUUUUUGUUUGCUGGUCACUUGUCUUUUUGGGGGGAAUUUUAUUCAGGUACUAAUUUUGCACUCUUUAUCUAGUCUACUUGCUCAGUUUCAGACAUUCACACCUGGUGCAAAGUAUACAUUCUUAUCUGUUUGACACUAAAAUGCUCUGGUUGAUGGGUUAAGUGUGUACCUCAAGAGUACCUCACUAAUGGAGCAAGGGUCAAGUGCUCCUCCUUUGCUUCCACAGCUAAGAUUUCUUCAGCCUGUUUGUCAGUAUCUACAGCAGUAUGUUGUGUGUUGAAUGAAUGUGAAAGUUAUUUUAUUGGAAGAAAACGUCACACAGUUGAACAUUAGCCAACUGUAGUCUACACUGGUUUUGAUAUGUCAAUGUUUCUUUUUUCAAGCCCUGUUUUGACCUCUUAUUAUUUGACAGUCUAGAACUACUUGACAAAUUUAGUCAAAAUAUAUGGACCAGCUGUAUCAUGCAAUUUAUGCAAAAUGACCUCAUUGAGAGUGUGUAUGAUAACUGUUUCAGAGAAUAGACCACUCAAAAGUACAGCACCUUUUCAAUGUACUACACACUGUCUUAAACAUGUACUGUAGUACAGCCUGAACACAGAUCAUUAGUUUAAUGUAAGGCUGUCCUCACAUUAAGGGUGGGUUUUAGGAGGUCAUAAAGGCAUAAUGAAAGGCAUCAGCUGAUGCUGGAGCAGCCUCCACCACCUCUGGGGUGGCGCAUGCUGGAUGAUGAAGCCUUCCAACCCUGCAGAUUAGAGGUAUCUGAGCUGUGAUCUUAGCCCUUCAGGCCCACACACAGUGUAACACUGCAUGUGUCAGAAUGAAAUGACUCCCUUCAGAUUGAUGAACACUCAGGGGAAGAAGAAAUCAGCCUAACCACGUGGAUCACUGAGCAAAACUACCGGACUAUAAUGACAUGCUCAAAACUGUAAAUAUUAAACAACCAAUAUUCCUCUUCAUAGACGUCCAGAGACAGCUUUUUCUUCCUGAUUGUGAUGGACUGUGAGUGGAGCUCUGGCUGUGCCUCAGUCCAACAGAAGAAGUCACAGACAGAAGAAGGGAGGAGCAGAAUUGGCUUGAUUUAACUAUGAUCUCAGAAGAAACGUGGCAAACAGUUGGGAUUGAUGCUAAUAUUAAUUUUGGACUUUGUAGAGCCUGUCUAAAAAUAUACAGAAAUCACAUGAGAGGAUGUUGUAGUGCCAGUGAAAGCAAAGAAAGUUAAUUACACAGUGGACUAUAACUCCUCCUUUCCUGCAGUUCCUCUGUGUUUAAAACUACAUUUUUCAAAUUCAACACAAUGUUACUGUUCAUGGCUUUAAAUUAAUCAAAGAGAAAUAUAAUAACAAUAUUUUAAACAACAGUCUGACCCGCUGUAACUACCUGGACGAAUCCAAGUGUAAUUUAAAAAUGGAGUUGCCUUUCAUGACUUAGAGAGGUGUAAAUGGCUUGAAGACAGAUGGAUAGAAUUAUUCAUUAUAAGUGCCAGUUUGUCCCACUGUGUUUUUUAUUGUUCUUUUCACACAGUUUGUACAGGACGGAGUGCCUCUACUCUGCCUUGGUGUCUGUGUAAAAGUACAGAGGCUGGAUGAUAGGGCAGAGUUAUUCAGCUACAAGCCCAGCAGCAACAGUGAAUAAACAGUCUAAUAGAUGAGAACUACCCAAGAGAUUUUUGAGAGAGAUAAAAGUCUUGAUAAUGGACUGCAGCUCCUUUAUGAUAAGACAUUAUCUUUCUCUAAUUCAUUAUUUGUGGUAGGGCUGGGCGAUAUGGGCUCAAAUUAAUAACAAUAUAUUAUUGUUAAUAUAUUAUUCAUUGGUAACGAUGAAUGGAUGAUAACUACUCCACAAGCUGCUCAUCCCCUCCCACAUAAACUUUGUCUACUUCAGCCGCCGCUCCAGCCGCUCCAGCUUGUGAACAGUCCUCCAUCUCCUCACCUGUCUUUCCCUCUUUGUUACGGACUUUGUGACGUAGGACAGCAUGUUAAAGGGACAUGAGACCAUAGCCUACCUACACACAUCCAAAACCAACUUUUAUUUAUUUAUUUAUUUUUAGCAGAAUAUAUUGACAUGGGCAAAAUGACGUCGUUAUUGUAGUAAAUUUUGGUAUCUGUAAAUUUUAGGUUUAUCGCCCAGCCCUUAUAUGUGGUCAUAAAUGUUGACAUGUGUUGCAUUGCUAUAAAUCUAAUUUGUACCAGAGUUGUAAUAGCAUAAAGAAAUGAAUGGUUUGACAUUAAAGUUACUAGAACUUUAACAAUUUGCUUCUUUAAUUUUGACCGGCUUCAUCUGCACAAGCAGUUAUAAUGCAAUCGUAAGACUUACAAAAGUGACUCGAAGUUUCUUUAGGUCAUUGACUCACAUCUUGUGAACCACAGCCACAUAUCACAUGACUCCCUGGUUAGGUUUCUUCCAGCUCGUGGUCAGUCAAACACUGGCAUGACUCUCCCGAAAAUUAAGAUGAAAGUCGACAUUUCUUAUAUUUCCACGAAGGCAUUUUUCCUUCUUAAUACUGAGUUUUCAGUUCGACUCUACUUGAGCCGCUGAAUGAUGCAUUAAUUUAAGCCCCUAAAUCCCCACCGAGCACAAAUUAUAGAGUGGAUUUGUUUGGCUGCUGUCCUUACACCGUCUCCUCGGGGCAAAGUUAAGUGCACAGUGGUAAUAUUUCACCAGCCAACAGUGGAAAAACGAUGUGCUGAUGAUCCCAUGAAGUGUAUCAGAUACUCUGAGUAAUUCAUAUCUAACCGGGUUUGCAGUUUUAAAGGAAACCCAAAGGUAUCUUUGCAGGACACAGCAGGAAAUUAAUUCAACAUAUGUACCAUAAGUUAACAAUGAGGGUGGAUACUCAGGGGUGGAUUUCACUGGGCAUUGGAGGAGGAGGAGAGUUAUAAGACCAAAGUGCUGAGUGCAUGAAGAUAUUUUACCUAAACUCAGAGCAAAACAAUUGCUGGCAGUUCCUUUAGUAAUAAUGUGGACUGGUAUGUAUGUGGCUUUCUUCCCCUCUCUAUUAGAGACUGUGGUGGAGCCAUAAAAUUAAGCAAUGGAAGAAACUGGUGAGUUAAAUGCAACUCCAUAUGGAUCAAUGUAUGAGGGGCCCUUUAAGCCCUUUGUAGUUGUGUGCUCUGCUUGUUUUAAUGAUGUUAUCUUUUCUCCACAAUGACUGCUGCACGGGCCCCGUAAAUCCACAUCGGGACCAGUAAUUGAAACAAACCUAUAUCAUUUCUUCAUUGCACCAGUCAAGGCUGAAAUGUUACCGUAUUGCUUUGGGUGCCAAAGCACAUGUUUGAGGUGGCUUAACAAAAGCUAGUACAGGAGGUUUGCCAACGUCUCAGAAGAGUUGUUUCAUGGAGUUGGCCUCAUUCCUGGUACUCAUAGCAGCCAGAUGGUGAUGUGUGAUGUAAUACAGUAUAUGCGUGUGUGCAUGUACUUUUUAUAUGUACAGUAUAGUAUGUAGAUGGAAAGAUUGGAUAGUCACACAUAUUGUCCCAUUCUUGAAAAUGUAUUGACUCAUUUUCGGCUAUUACCCUAUCAUUUUAACUUAACUUUGACUGACAUGUCUCCCAGUAGCCUCUGUUACCAACAGGCACCAUGUAAAAUAGAAACUAGAACUUCAACAUUGACUUUAGUUGAGCUGCUAUCCUUUCAAAUCAGGUCCAAAAUCACCACCUCUUCAUUUUUGAGUGUUGGACUCACUCCCUGGACUUAAAUCACAGUAAUAUGGCGAGACGCUCAAAUUAAAGGGCGACAUUUUCAUCAAAGUGUCAAGCGUGAACAAUUGGGGGAAAUCUCAGAUCUGAUGAAUUAUACACAAACCACUAAAAGCAUGCAGGAAAAUAUUAUAGUUCCUUAAAUAGGGAUUUGUCCCCCUUGGCAACAGAAUUUCCCACUGUCACAGUCCAACUUCUCUGGCACAUCAGGAUUAGUAAAGCUAACAUUAAGGUCUAAUGGGAUCACGCAGAGCAUCCAAAAAAUGGAAAACCACCCCAAUCAGAUCCAAAAUACUGCCACUACCUCUUGUGACGCUGACAAAGCUCAGUAAUGGAUCUGUUUGGGUUGUGUGGAUUAGUAAAGAUGAGGGAGCUUUACAGUUUGAAGUCAGAGAGAGCCCAGCAGAUUAUCUGAUCAGAUAUAGUUUAUUUUUGUGGGACCAAGUGUUGAAGUACCAUUUACAAGUUUAUUUUCUUUAAAAUCCCUAUUUAGGAGUGAGAGGGGGCAGAACUCGAGGACAUGAAAUAUUGCAUUUACCCUGGGAGAGUUUCAAGUCUUCCCCUUUAGAGUCCAUAACCUCUUACCUCCUAGAUUUAUUUCUGUUAUUUCGGUGCUGUUAUUCUGUAUAUAAACUAUCACAGUGCUGGUAGUGAAACGGAUUACAGUUGGUCUGCGAUCCCCCUCAUUUCUGACCCCUUAAGAACUGAAGUCCAAAGAAAAGAUCAUCAGCUUGUACAGUAACCAGUUACAACACGUUUUUGCUGUUUCUCAAAGCUCUUGCCCCACAUGUUUUGUCAAGUAUAUAUUUCAUAAUAUUUUAUGCAGAAGCUGUUUGGAAAUACCUUAAAUAGUUACACACAACUACAAUCACAAUAGGUGGUUGUCAAUGGACUAUAUCUCUAUCCUAACCUUUAGACAUUUUUUAAACUAACCCUUAAUCUCACCAAACUCCUAGGCUGAGCCAUUUGGUCUUACUAUCUUACCCGAACACUUGGUUUUGGUCAGUGGACCACAUACCUAACCCUAACCUUUGGAAACAUUGUCAUAAUCUACUCUUAACUAACUGGAUAAAAAUUGUGUCUAUAGUGGUAAGUAAGUAACAGCCAGAGUGCCCACAUCUCAAUAUAAACCUUUAAAGCUUAUGAAUGAACAUGUUACAUUUCUUUAACUGGAUUUUAAGAAGAGCAAAAAUGGUUAAAGAUAAGGUUGGCUUGUUGUUUCUCUGUACUUAAGAUCCUAAUGUAAAGAGUUUAUGCCCACCUCUCUCUCAGUUAAUAUUUAGAUGAUGGCCUACCUCAACCCUAAACAGAUUUACACUGUGAAAAUCAUUCAUAUGUGACAGUCCGAGUCUGUUGUUUAUUAGUUUGGAGGACUUGUUGCCUUAAUGCUAAAUACUACAGAGACUCUUUAAAAACGAUUCAGUCCAUGCACACUGAUACUGAGGAAUGAGGCUUAUCUAAGCAGACCACUACAACCCCUCUCAGAAUCUGGGUCAGACUCAUGUUGACAUGGUACACUCCUUUCUGGAGAUAUGAGCAGAGUCAACAGAUCAAACAUGAAUCACAUGAAAAACUGCAGUGUUUUUUAAAUGCGUACUUGUGAAUAACAAACCUCUCUAAAUUCAAGUUGCUAGGAUAUGACAACAAUAUCUCUGAAGGGCUCUGCCUCUUUUUGUCAGUUCAAAUACUCCCCCAGCUUAGUAAUGGCUGUAGUAAGAAAGCACUAAAAGCUCAUUUCUCUUUUGUUUUGACAGCUCCACCAGCUCACAGCUUAGCUGUGGCUGUGAACACAUGUAGCCCUGACACAUGUCUGACCCAAGGUUACAGCUGGAAACUAGAUAAUUUCCAUCUGCUCUGGGGGGUGAGAAAUGACUAAAAUGGCUUCAAAACUGUAAACAAGAACAAACAUAUGAUUUCAUUUAAUUAACUUGAACACAAGUGACAUGUAACUGAAGAAUAAGAACGGACAAUUUUAACAGCUGGCUGACUGUUCCCUGCAAGUAGAGGCCAGAAUCUGACAUGUGACAUGUGCAAUUACCCAAUUCAUUUAAUUAAAGACCUAACAGACAAGAACCAGUGAAAAUAGUGACAACAGAACAAUUACAAAGCCAUUAUUAUGAACAGUGUGCUGCAUAAAACACACACUCAGUGUUAUUCUGUUCAGCCAUAUGUUCUAAAGUGCAAAAAGGUAAAAAUAUUAAAUACUGUUAUUUGAAAAUAUCCAGAUAAAUGAUAAACUGCUCUUUCUUUUACAGCAAACCAGCUCAGUUCCACAAGUUUAUGAACCUGGCUUAGGGUGAAGGCUUUUACUCGUAUAAGUGAUUAAAAAUAACUUCUGUUUAAAUAUUUCUGAUCCCAGCCUCUGUACUGUUUUUACAUUAUAUAUCAAUAUCCAUGACAAAUGUGAUUUAUAUAGAGCAUAUUUUUGCAGAGAGCACUAGAUUUUCUCUUGAAUCAUCCUGCUGUUUAAUAGCGUUCACAUUUCCCCUUAUUUGAACCUUAUUUGUCUGUGGUCACAUUUUGCACUUUCAUGUUGAAUUGAAUGGUGAGGUGAUGUAGAGUCAGGAAAAUAUAGGGUUGUUAAUUCUAUACGUCUUAUUUCAACUCUCAGUCUCACUGAGAGGAGUGUUUGUAGGAGACGUCACCACUUAUGAACACAUUACUUCUCUGAAAUCACUGACCUUGUGGUUAGAGCUGAUGUCAAAAGAAGGUAAUUGGUUUGAGGUGAUAUAGACUGACUUUCCAGAUCUCUGCCUGACCUCUGACAUUGCUACAGGAUUGGGAUUUGACCUCGGAGGACUUGCCAUUUUGACUGUCUUUCAUCUGUUAAUAUAUAGGACCCUGCGGGAUUUAAUUCGAACGCCAGUAUAACAUCACUGUAGGCUACAGCUCCAGUCUUCUCUUUCCUUAGAGAGUUGAAAAAUGUCCUCAAAUGUCAAGGUCUUGUGUCAGAAAGGCACAAAAUCUUCCUGUUCUGAGAGGUGGCAGCUAAUCAGCUUAUAUGAGUACAGAUGGGUUAUUAAAACAAAAUGUAUGUUCAUGAGCUGAAGCUUCUUCUAAUAACUAAAGAACCUCAAUUCAAGAAUAAGUCAAAACAAAUGGCUGCUAUUUAGAUUAAAUGAAUGUUUGUAUUAAUACUUUGCUUGUUACACCAAGUAGGAAAAGGAUUCAGUUUUUGAUAGCAAACUUUGAUGUUGAAUUAUGUCUUUUUGGGCAAAAGAGUCUUCAAAUCAUUCAACAGAGCUAUUUUUUUGUCUCACUUGAUGUGGCACAAGGGCCAAUCUAAGCUAAGGGGUAAGGUUUGGCGUAAGUGUGGUAGAAGGAUUCCUCCUGAUUGUUUGAUAGCUCUUGUGAUUAUCUUCCCAGGUUUUUCUGCAGUGUGAUGUAUGUUAGGAGAUAAUUUACUUGCCCAGUCUACUCAGAAGAUGAUCAGCUAUUGCAAAUUUGGAAGAUUUUCAGUAUAAUGAUCAGAAAUCCUGUCAUGUGGAGGGAACAUCGAGGACAGCCAAGGACACUCUGUUGGUUCAUUUCAAAAAGAAAGCCAAUCAGAAACGAGCUGACUGCAAAAUGCGACACAACAAGCAUAGCCAUGGUGACAUUAGUAAACAGGCAUAAAGUAAGGUCAGUAAGUUUAUUUUAAUGUGUUUAAACUACAAACUUCAAUCCAAUUAACAAGAGGUUGAGUUGGAAACAAAAAGAGCUACCAGAUAGCUGAGUAGCUUGCAAUGUUUCACCAUUCUUUAACCCGCCAUGUUGGUUCUCCAGUGGUGUAUUUAAAUGCAAGAAACAUUGUAAUAUUUCUCAAAAUCAGUUUAGAUUUUAAUGUUUUGCUUGCAUGCUCCUUGAAAGUGGACAGCCCAGGUUUGAUUCUAGCCCCUGGCCCUUUGCUCCAUGCCACCCCCCGCUCUCAGUUCCCAGUUUUUCCCACCCUUGGCCCGCUGGAUCAUGAUGCUGACUCUAUCAGUGAUAACCAGAGUGUUGGUUGCACAGUGAGCAGUUUUUUAACUGCUCUUUGUAGCUUCUCUUUCUUUGUGUCUUUAUAUAAUUGAUAAAAAUUCAGCUACAGUCCAUGAAGAAUUGGAAACUGUGAAAGCAUUACCCCAUCUGUUUUAUUAGCAGCCUGCCCGUCAUCUCUCCAGACAAAAUAGGAUACAGAUUUCUCUGGACAUGUCAAAGAAAAUACAAUGGACCAUAAAUCACUGUCAAUGAUUUUACAGUGCUUUCUUGACCUCCUCUUAUUGUCAGUAUCCUCUGUGUCUGGUUCUUGUGAAAGCAUGACCCAUUGAAAUUUUAGGGGAUAUAAAAUUUUCUUGUGUGGACAUUAUGUGUUCUGGUCAGGACCGCUUUGGCUAACACGAAGCAGCAUUCACAAAUAGACUCUCAUAUGUUGCUCCAAGGCACAGCCAACUUCUUUUAAAAACGGCAUUACAACCCACGCUAAACGUCAUUGCCAUGUCUAAAUGCCAUGACGUGUGUGAAAGGCAAAUGACUGGAAAACCUGGUUGCAGAGGACUGAAACUCCUCAAAUAGUCUGCUGGGUUCAUCAGGUCUGUGCCUCUGAUUCCUUUAGCAGGGCCUUUGUGUUGGAGCAGGCAUUUCCCUGCUGUUUCUUGCCCUGUGAGUUAUGUAAGGUUGGCUGAAAGAACUGCUGGACAUUCACAGCAGUUGUCUCAACACUCGAGAGCUUCUCUUCUACCAGCCCAAUCAGAAUUAAACUUGAAACCCCAGAUCUUCCUAUGCCGUCUGGUUGCUAUUUUCAUCACUUGCAGGUUGGCCUGAGUCAAAGUUUCUAUGGCGUUCCGCAUCAGCGAGAUACCCGUAGUGAUGAAAGACCGAUCAGAUUGGCUAAAACUGUGCUUCCUUUGGCCUCCAACUCUCUUGAGUUUUCCCUCCUCUUCUCGUCUAGGAAGGCCUUAUGAGGGAAGAUAAGUUGUUGUGUGUAGGCCCUGGCAGUUUUCAGUGGGGUGCAGUGGAAUGAGGUGGGGGUGGGUUAUGGUUUUCUGAGUCCAGGGCCUGGAACUGGUCCUUGCUUGUGCAAAAAAGAGGGGGUUGAUUUUGGGCAACGUGUUGAAUACAUGCGAAGGAAUCCUGUCGGAGUCUUGAGUGAGCUAUUCAGAGUGGGAGGCAGAAGAAGACGACGAAAAAGAAGAAGAAGAAGAAGAAGAAGAGGGCAUUGUCUUCAGACAGUCAUACUGGAUUGAAGGGGGAGGGUGUGAAAUAGAGUUAAGGCAGACUAAGUAAAUUCCUGCAAGUCACGUUUCAUUCCCAAGUGUUGAGAGCUGUGUCAGACUGGGUUCUGUUGCCUCUUGCUUUUGGAUAAAUUCCUUGAAGAAAUCCACAGGAAAGUCAGCUCAGAGACACAAUACAAAAGCGUGAACAAACACUGGGAACCAAAAGCUUACAUGUGCUUCGACAGAAAUGGAGAUGGAUUACUAUAUAAUUGUGUUUGUUGAGCUGAGCUUAAUUAUUCACCCUCUUUCCAGAUCCCUUUGUUGUUUUUCAUUUAUUCUCUGUCUAUGUAUGUUUACAGAGCACUUUUUCUCCUUUUACUAGAAAUCUGUUGCAUAUUUAGUUUCUUUGUAAAUCAUCUUUUCCAUUGCAUAGGGUUAUUUUUGAAACAGCCAGGGUUUGCGUCAGCUCCGGUCGCAGCUUUAUCAUGCUUAUUGAUUGGCAUAGCAAACCCUCCCUGCAUAAUUCAGCUUCUUUUUCUCCUCUAUUGGUUUGGUCAGUUGCUUGGCUGUUCGUGUGCUACAGGAUAAAUAUUACUUGUGAUGCCAACACACUCACUUUUUUGGCAUCACUAACUUAAUUGCUUUGGAAAUGAUCAGUAGGAAGAAAUUUGAGGAUACAACCUGUGAAAUAGUUCCCUCAUGGAUACUUGGAGGUAUCAUAUAGUUUCAGCCUACACUGGAAUAAAUCAUUCCUCUUUCCAUAAAAAACCAUUAACUUAUUAAAUACCACUCAGGAAAGGAAGACAGAAAGUUGAAACCAGCAGUCUCAUUGCUUAAAUAUUGUGCUGUCAGUCCUUUUGUGCAGCUUGUGGUUGGAUACCACAUCCAGUCAGAGAAACAGCUCUGUCUCCUCCUGAGUGCGCUGAAAGUCUGUGUGUGUGUGUGUUCCUGAUGCAUAGAGGUUUCUCUCACCCUGACUUUCGGUGGUGUAGUCACAAAGGGAUAUGAUGGUUUUCAUAUCACAGACAGAAAGACAUAUCGAUUGUUUUGGCUUACCUUGGCAGAGCUGAAAUCAGGACUCAGUUGUAGCUAAUAACUCGACAAAGAUUCAAAUCUCUUCGUGUCUCUGUUUGUCUCUGCUGUGGCUGCUGGGAAACAGCAGUGUUGUGAAAGUAUUGGUGAUUGUUGUGCAUGCACGUCAGAGAACUAUUUUUAAACUGUUAGUGAUGCCGAGGCUACGAAAUUCCCCUCACUGGAAAAAGUUAACAGGACUUAGAGUUACAACUCUUUUUACCAGUUGUGGGACUUUUUUUUGGAGGUUCACUAGAUGAGUUAAGUCAUUAUUAUAUUGUUGUGUUUUUAUUUGCACCUUAAAUCACUUUGUAAGAAUUCAAUGUACCUCUCAGCAGCCUGAGAUAUAGAUAUAGAUAUUGAACCAUCAUGGCAAGAGCAGCCCAGACUAAAACAACCAGAAAGGAACAGAAAAGUGUACUGUAGUUUUUUCAUCCUUUUAAAUACUUUUCCCCCCUCAUACGCUGUUCACUCACCAAACACACAUGAUACAAUAUCAUAAUAUAUGAUAAUAAUAUCAUUUUUUCCUACCGGAGAAGCUGCUUUUGUAACAACAUCAGGGGAUGGCCACAUUCGUAACAACCAGUUUGACAAAAAAGCAGAUAAAACACAUUUGUGUGAGUGGAAGCACUUUAAAUAUUCAGAACAUUAAUGUGCUUUAAAACAUUUUCUUUUCUUUGAGCAUUUCAACCAUGACUAAGAUUAAUCUCUUGUAAUAAAAUUCUGAAUAUGGAUGUUAUGAUAUUGGCAGUUGCAUGUUUUUGUCUCUGUGAGGGUCUGGUGAUCCUCCCAGCUUUAAUAAUAAGAUGUCUCAUACGCUCUAGCAGCUGGCCUGGCGGGAGGAUCUGGUGUGUUAAUUUUGGAGUGAUGCUCGUGUUUGAACCUGUUUGAAAAAGUCAUGGAUCUCACCAUGAGACUCCUACCAUUGAACAGAUGUGUCAGAUAUGACGCAUGGAUCCUCUCCUGAUUUAUAGAUUCAGUCUGGGCUAUGAGUUACAAUUUUAGAAUCAUCACACUGAAAGAGCCUAUUGUAAGCUUACUCCAUGACAAAUAGAUUCAUUCUUCUUAACUAUAUAUCAUCUCUAAUAAUGUUUAUGUUAAGCACUACAACCUGUAAGAAUGACCCGGGAUUACAUCACUCAGAGGGCUAAACGUGUGCACACCAUCAGUCCUAACAUGCAGACUUAGUGAUACGGUUACUGUCAUGCUCCUGACACGAGAGGAUGUAUCUUCACAUGGCUUGGAUAACUUUCCUUGUUGCAUAACCUUUAACUAAUAUUGUGAAAGUGCUGUGCGUUGAUCAGAAAGUAAUUAAAAUUAAAGUUAAGGUGCACAUGAUACACCUGAAUCCUGCAUUUAUAUCUGAUUGUGUGAUUUUAAUCCAAAGAGUGUAGAGUGACUGCUGACUCAGGGCUUGUAGCCUCUGACAUUUCUGGAGCCUAAAAAUGCAUCUGAAGGUAUAAUCUUAACCUGACAGUAAUUAUAUUUUAGGGCAUUUAUUGGCAUUGAAAGAUAAGAGGAAAAUUUUGCUUAACUCCAAUAUGAUUGUGAGUAGGGCUGGGCGAUAAACUGAAAAUUCACCAAUACUGAGAUUUACUGCAAUAGCCGGCAUUAUUUUGUCCAGGGUGGUAUAUAAGGUGUCAAAAAAAUAAAAUAAAAUAAAAUAAAAUGGAAGUUGGUUUCCGAUUUGUGUAGGUAGGCUAUGGUCUCAUUUCCCUUUAAGAUGCUGUCCUACGUCAGAGAUGUGACUCCACCCCAUCCAGUCCGUAACAAAGAGGGAAAGACAGGUGAGGAGAUGGAGGACGGUUGGAGCGGCUGGAGUGGCGGCUGAGGUUAAGUUAAUGUGGGAGGGGGUGAGCAGCUUGUGGAGUAGUUAUUGUCCGUUUAUCAUUAUCGAUGUGAACUGCUCACUAUAUCGUGAUGUUGAUUUGAGGCCGUAUUGCCCAGCCGUAACUGUGAGCCUCAUGCUCAGCACAAUCUCUGGACAAAAGCAUGAUUUUGGUGCCCACCAUGUGUUUGACAAGGUGACAAGCAAAAAAAAAAAAAAGACAGAAACUAGUUUUAAAGCAACUCAUUCGUUUAGUUUUUUUCCCCACAGUUACAUAAAGACCCUCUAAAGGUGAUAUUUUAGAAGCAUUUGUUCAGUGUAAAACGCCGAUGUUAUCCUCAUUCCUUGGUUGAUAUUUACCUCUUCCCUUUGGGCAAUUUCACACCACUAGAUGUUGGCUCCAUUCAGCUCUCAUUAGGCAUUAUGAAAUUGUCCAUUGAAAUCCCAGAGGACACAACCAUUAAAACCUGUCCGUUGUGGCAGAUUUGGAGCGUUAAUUAUUAGGAGGAAUCUCAUAGUGCGUGACUGUGACCUUUCACACCAUUUUCACAGUCGUUCUGGGUGAUUUGUGUCCACUGUGUCAGUUGAACCUUAUGUGGCAUGCUAAUUGAGGGCAUCCAGCACGUUGAAGUCUGAGGUUAUGCAGUUGGGGUGAAGAAUGGUGGCUGCUGGUGUUUGGUGUGGACACGGGUCACUGAUUGGAGACCGGCCUCCUCAUGGGGCUGUGUGUGAUUUGGGGUCAUGGUGUGGAAAGCAGUUUUUCCUCAUGCUGGCCCGGGCAGCCUUCCCCAUUCCCUGGGGUGUGUUUUGUGUUGUGCUGCAGGUCAGUGCUGGUUGCUUUUUCAGACCAUCAUGUUUUCUUUAACUCCUCUGUUUUGGCCACACUCUCUUACAGAAGGAGCCAGACAUGGCAGCUCAGCGCUUUGUGCCCCUCUUCUCAUCUAGAAAAAUCAGACGACUGCUUUUCAAUGUGGUCAUUCUUGUAGCAGCAGUCGGGCACACACACACACACACACACACAAACACACACACACACACACACACACACACACACACUCGCAGUUCAAGUCUAUGAGCAUUAAAAUGUGAAGAAAUAGGAGAGGUUGUCUCCUCUUUCCCAGGCACUUCAUUGUUUGAAGGAAUGUUGAAAUAUUGUGGAAUAGCUCUGGCUACAAAUUCAGAAGACAAAUCCAACACUGAGUUAGUUAGUUGUCAUACUUGAUUUGCCAUUUUAUAAACUUUGUAAAAUUAUAAAAUCAGAGGAGCCAGCUACUAAGUGAUAGUGGGACUCAUUUACAUAACGCAAAAGGACGUUCCAAGUGGUUAAGUGGACCCCGUUUUCAAGAAGAUUGACUUAAUUAUUUCCAUUUUAGUUACAUGUCAUACACAUUCAACAUCAACCCCAAGAAACCAGUAUUGAGGACAUUAUACAAGAAAAUAUGUCCCUUGAGUGACUCAUUAACAGUAAAAGUGUUAUUCUUAAUUUUCAUCUAAGGCAUGUCGCCAGAACUCAGUGGAACCAACAAGCCAAGUACAAGAGGAUUUUUUAGGGAGAAUUGAAGUCAUGUCCCAGUGAUACUGAGAGGUAGUUAAGAUAUCAACAUGAAGUCCAUCUAACCCUGGAAAAAUAAUUCUAUUGAAACCAUUAGCUUGAAGGCUUAAUACUAACAAAAAUGCUAUACCUCAGGGUGAUUUGGUUGCGCACACUGUACAUGUUGUGAAUUUGGGUAUUUAUUUUUGUUUAGCAAGGACUCCUUAGCAAAGCAGUUUUAGUUAAGUCUCUCAGUUCUUAUAGAAUGGACAGGUGCAAGUACAUCUUCAGGACUGCCCUUUGCUUCUGUCUGUCCACAGAUGUCUGUUUAAUCCCUGAGUCUGGAAAAUGACUGAAGCUAUCACAGUCUGCUGACCUGUAUGGUUGUGAGUGCUUUACUGUCUGGUGGAUGUUAUUUUAUUUCAGCUGCUGUUACCUUAUUAUAAGACCUUCCUUUUUGGUUUUAGGAGCGUUGUGUCCAUAUCAUUUUUAAUUCAGAUGUUUUAUUUUUUUAUGUAUUUGUGUAUACGGUUGAGCGUGUACAGCACUUGAAUCCAAGAAAAAUUCUCUAAAUGGGUUAUUGUAUCGUAUAAAUCCACAUUUCUCUUAGUGAAUCUAGUGUUUCUUGUGAGCCUUGCAUAUGUGCUGCUGCAAGUCAUAACCUUUUCAACACAUUAUUAAAAAAUAAAAGAUAAAAACAGUCAGAAUUUCAAGGAGUCGCCCUCCAUCAACUUCACCCAAAGGUAAAUACUUUCCUUGGAUACUAUUGAAGUAUAACAUCUCCUUCUUUUCAUUGUAGGUUCUACCAUAGUCUGACAAAAAGUGCAUCCUGACAUUGUGCCUUUGUUUUGUGCCAGUGGGCCAUAAAAUGAGGACACUGAUGGGUCACACCCCACCACCCCCAUGUGUGCUCACAUCUGAGAAUAACUGAGUGAAGGUGAUAGCCAGUGAAAGCUAUCACCUUCACCAUGUUUAAGAAAAGCAACAAAAUUUGGGAUACCUGCACCCUGGGCCAUAUAUCCAAGAGUUAAACACAGGUAGAGAAGGUUUGAUUAGGAAAAAAGAUGUCUGCAAGGACAGCAAACAGACAGGCAAACUUAAUGUUCUUGAUGGUAGCUAUAAGUUAGACAAACUGGUAAAACAUUUAGCUUUAGGGAAAUGAAAAUUGUUUGAAAAGACCACUUGAAGGCAUAAAUACUGAUUGCAAAAACACUUGGCUAUAAAUAAUGUAGGUAAAUUAAAUGGCAUGUAUAAAAAUAAACUGAAAAAAUUCUUAAAGUAAGUCAUGUAGAGUAAAAAUAGAGAAGAUCCACUUUAAAAAGAGCCAGACUGUCAGUAUCGUCUGUAUCUAUGUAAGAGUCACUGCCUCAUCUGCCAGGACAGUACGUGUACUUCUGACAAAAGAUGUUUGGAGCGACUGUUUUGGAGCGUAGCCGUAUGUCAUUUCUCCUCCUCUACAAGUUUCUACAGACUGGAAAUGAUGCAGGAUGUGUUGUGGCUUUUCUUUUAUGAUUAACUUUAAUCAGAGGGAAGAAUUUUCCUUUCACCCAAACCCUAACCCAGAAAAUAAGUAACCUCCUGAAGAAAGUCAGUCAGGCCAUUAUGACUUCAUUUCUCAACAAUGUUCUCACACCAAAUAUGUAAAAAAAAAAAAAAAAACACAUUUCCCUUUUUGAUUUUUUUCCACUCUGACAACACAUACUGUAGACCGAGGAUUUAGUUUAAUGUCAUUCCCAUGACAACUGCUGUUUACUGUCAAUCAUUUAACAUUUCAGCAUGUUUACACUAUUUCCACAUCUGCCAUGUAAACCAGUGAUGGGCAGAUUACAGAAAGUUAUUAGUGAGUAACAAAUACGGGUAACCUUUAUCAGAAAGUGAUUGAAUCACUGAGUUACUGCGUUAUAAAGAUCAUCAGUCACCUGUAAAGUGACUGUAGCAUUUCUUCUUUUGGCAUCAGUGCUCUCUCUGAUCAGUCUGUUUAGUCCCUCCUGGUUUACAGAUUGAGGGGCUGGCUACUAUCUAAACUUAAGCCUUGGCUGUUUGGACGGCGUGGCCGUAGCUUAGUAGAGGUAUGUGAUUUGGUUAGGUGCUUUGCAAGUUUGCAGUUUCUAGUUCUUGCAUGGGCGAGGUUUUCCUUCCUGAAUGUCAGCUAUAACUCAUCUUUGUAUUCUUGUCCUUGAGAAGGGAAAAUCUCAGGAUACAACUACGCUGACAUAGGUGAAAUCUCCCACGCUGAGUCAGCUUAAAGUUAUUGGCUGUUUGGAUAAAAACAGUACUGCUCCUGGCAUCAUGGGAUAAUAUAGACAAGUUUAAACUGUGUUUGAUACAUAAGGGUACAAGUGGGAACAUUUAACAUUAUCUAGUUGUCAGAGUCUAGAUUGAAAUGCUCUCUCGCUCACCCCUAAUGUAGGGUGCUCAUUCAAAUCAACAAAAACACAAUGAUUUUUAGAUUUAGGUGAUUAUACACUCAGACUAUUCAGAUAUUUACUCAAUACAAUCUCCCAAGUCUGUUCUGCUAGUCCCCACUUAAUAUCUGGUGGUACUUCUGAGCAGAGUUAGUGUGUCAUGUUUGUUUUUUCUGACUGUUAAAAGGUGUCACAGGCACUUCUCCGGCUCUACAUCAUUUUACUUGCCAGGGUCAAAGGUCACAGGGUCGACGGCUCCUCUACAAACAGAGAGUGGCAGAUAAUGAGAACUGGAGGAGGAGAGGAAUAACAGCAAGAUGGACAUGAAAUGUUUUCAGUAACCUUCGGGGUGAUAGGGAUCAGACAUCACCGCUAACCUGCCUGUCUGUAAAGAUCCAUCUCUCUGAAGAGUUUUGACCCUUAAGUCCUGACACAGCUCUCCCCUCAGAAAGUCCUUGUAUUCCUGUGUGGUAGUGACUCAUGUCCCCUUGGUCCCGGGUUAAUACCCAGCACACUCCUCGGUCUUUCUCCUCACAUUUAGUGUAUAAAGUUAAAACUGGUUCAGCUCUUUACAGCUGUGCUGACGUUUGGUCUCCUCUUUAAAACCAUUCCCUCAUGGUGCAUUUGUAGCUGCAUGAUGUGUUAUAAUGACAAAUGCCAGAUGCUACAGCCUGCGGCCUCUGUGUGACCUGCAGAGGUCUUUGUUUGGAGAGAAAAGAUUUACAUCUGCCAAUCUUUUCCUCCAUGAUAUCCCCCGUCUUUGCUUAAUUUUGAUCUGUGACCAAUGAGUAUAAAUUUUCCAAAAGUCAGCUUUAUCAAUCAGUCAAACAUCCCUCUGAGUGCACCAGGACUCAAAAGUCAAAUCAGAAUUUGACUCCCCAUCUUAUCAGCUGUUUCAGAUUUAAAAAGUUAUUUUUAAAUGUGGAAAGUUUUUAUGACUAAGUACAGCAGGAGAUGCCCCGUAGGUACUCAAAUCUGUAAAUGAUUAGAGGUUUUUAUUCAAGGAAAUUAAGCUUGCAGUUAUUAAAUCAAACUGUCAUAACUUGAAUUUUUUAUAAAAUUUCUGGGGAUACAGCGUGUACCGUAUUUUCCGCACUAUAAGGCGCACCGGAUUAUAAGGCGCACCUUCAAUGAAUGGCCUAUUUUAAAACUUUGUUCAUAUAUAAGGCGCACCGCAUUAUAAGGCGCAUAGAAAAGACGCUACAGUGGAGGCUGGGGUUACGUUAUGCAUCCAUUAGAUGGAGCUGCGCUAAAGGGAAUGUCAACAAAACAGUCAGAUAGGUCAGUCAAACUUUAUUAAUAGAUUACAAACCAGCGUUCUAACAACUCCGUUCACUCCCAAAAUGAAUAAACAGCUGUUUUAGGAGCCAUUUUGGGGUCUUUACAUAAACACACAAAUAGAAAUGAAACGGCACGCCUCGCGCAGUCAUAUAUCCCAGCAUGCACCGCGCGCUUCUUCUUCUACGGGGGAAAAUGAAGUCGGCGGCUGCUUACCGUAGUUGCGAGACCUGUUGUGGCUCAAUAUUGGUCCAUAUAUAAGGCGCACCGGAUUAUAAGGCGCACUGUCAGCUUUUGAGAAAAUUGGAGGUUUUUAGGUGCGCCUUAUAGUGCGGAAAAUACGGUACUUUUGAUGUCCCAGCACUACUCAAAUGUAGACUUAUGUACUGUUUUAACAGAGCAGCACAAGAAAAUAAGACUUCUUUGUGUGUUGAAUAAAUCAAAAAUCUACUUUAACCAUUAACUUUAAAGCUACAUUGUAGUCUCUGCUGCAACUUUAACAUGGGUGUUUCAGUGUCCUGCCGGAUGUGAAACUGCACUUAGAUUGUUAGUUUUGGCUCUAAGUAGAGCUUAUGUUGGUCUGUCAGCUAAUCAACCACAUAUUUCCAGACUGAAAUAUCAACAUCCUAACAGAUUGCUAAAACAUUGUAUGAACAACAGAGUUUGGACUCCCCCUGGCAUUUGUUUUAGUGUCACCAUGGGGUUGACAUUUCUGUUUUUCAGUUCAGUUCUUGAGCAGCUGGUUGCUAGACUUCCAUGAAGCCUGGUACCCUUAUGUAUGUCCCUCUAAGAGAUGACAAUCCAAAUCAAAUCUGCAUGUACAAUAUUACUAUAAUCAGAGAAACACUUAGCUGUAACGCAUGUAGCUGGAAAAAAAAGCAUUUAUUUAGAUAGAAACUGAAAAUCUCAGUCACAAUACAUCAAUCACAUGCUUUAAUUACAUAUAUAUUUAUCACAGAUCAAAUCAGACUCAUCCUGGGUUAUGGUGUUAACACCAACAGCUGAUGUCCAGCUCCAGCUGCAGCACACCCCACAGCUGUGACUCAGUCCAACCUGCACAAAGAUGCUCUGACAUAUUAUUGAUCAGCAGGCAUUGAUCUUGGGUGGUUUUUCACAGAUUUUUGCAAUAACGAUGUUUACACUGUCACUGACAUGGUGAGGAUGAUUUGCCUCCCAUACUUUUACCACAUGGGUUUGCAAGGGCGCCGCAGCUGGACCUCACGCAUAGAGAUGAUCUCUUUAUCCUAGGAUGUAGGGCCAGAGGGAAGAACCUUGAUGCCAUGGACUGAGGAAAGAGGAGAGGGGGGGAUUGUAAAAAUGAAUAUACAGGGAGCCUCCAGGGUCCAAAGAAAAACUCCCUGUUGAGGCCCAUGGCUCAGCAUUAAAACCCCAGGUUCCAUGAGUAUUCAAUAAAGCUCCCGUCAGAAGACAGACAGGCAGAAAAAAAAGUCUCUAAACUUCAAACAGCCUGUAAGGUACAGCUUAAAGCUGAUUUCCUGCACAUCUUAUAUUUGAGGCCUUUAUUUUUUUGUCUUUUUAUAUCACUAUAUCAAGUUUAAUUUAUCGAUACUUUGCUGUAUUUGUGUAGCCUGGCAUUAACCUGAGGAAUGAGAAAGAAGAGGACAGGUGGUUAUUUCUGUUUGUUUUUCCUCUUUCCAGAGGGCUGUUCAUCACUAUUCAUGACCGAGGCCACAUUUCGACUCUGCUGCAGAACUGGCCAGAAAAAGACAUCAGGGUAAGAUCAACUCAAACAGUAAAAGCUAUCUCAUCAUUUUAAAUAUUCUCACAUUUUUCCUCACCAGAAACCAUUGUUAUCAAAGUCCUGUUCUGUGUGGCUGCAUUAUUGAAGCAGACCAUCAUGAAAUGAGUGAUUACAGUAGAUUACUGUAUAUGAACAUUUGGAAUGUCAGAUCAAUCCGACUAUAGACAGAAGGGCAAUAACACAAGUACAAAGACAAAUACUCAUGGUACAGAUGUCAAACAACCAAAGCAACACUUUUGCUCAGUCUGAACAAUGAUCACAUCCAUGGAGUUACAUUCAUAUGACAGUGUAGUUACUGCUGCUUUAAAAACAUUCAGAGUUAUAGCAGUCUUUACAAUGACAAUAACAGGGAUAAUGUAAUUAAAACACUUCAGUGUUGUUGACAUAGACCACAGAGGUGCUGCAGUGUGAUUAGAGUGUAAAUCAUAGUUUUGUCACACAAAAGAAAUAUAUAUAAAUAUUUUUUUUUCAACAACACUGAAAGCUUCAUUGCAGAUGAAAUGGCAGAUGUUGGACACAUUACAUGUUUGUAGUUGUGGUUCUGAUGGGAAGAAAGUCAGGAUUGGUUUAGCUGGUAGAAGCAUCAAGGGAAUCGCUUACACAGGAUUUGGUCGAGCCAAGGUCUCAUCACAACAUUGUUUGAAUAUCAAUUUUUUUUUUUUAGAUGACCCAUUUUUCUUGAAAUCCAAAAUAUUUUUGCAUUUUUGCUGGUUUAUCCUCAAGGCAAACUUGAAUCUUUGUCUUUUAUAUUUAUGCCCUUAAUUUUAGCCACUUUCCUUUGUCUUCCAAUUUCCUUAGUCAACAACUCUAAAAAAUAUGAAUUAAAAUAAAUAAACCAUUUAGAUGGUUCGGAGAAGACCCAUGUUUAGACUUUGCAUUGAUUUGACUUGGUCAUUGUUCAACCAGACUGAUUGGUUGUUAGACCCCUACAGUGGUAACUGACAGAACUAACAUAAACCACAUUAAAAAUGCUGAAGUAAAAAAGUUUAAGAUGUUUUACUGUUUUGUUUUUUCAGGAUUAUUGAAGAACAGACCUGACUGUCUGUAUCAUGUGUUUCAUCUGCAUGGAAAAUUACUAUUUUAACUGCUGUCAUUGAAUUAUCAUUAUAAGAUAAAAACAAUACAAUGAUAUUUAUACUUUAAGGGAUGAAAUACUAUUGAUUUUAGAACAAGCUGUGACUAAAAUGGUAAUCUACUGAACCCAGUGAUCUGCUCAGGAGGUUGAAGAUUGGGGAAUUUUCCUGACCUGCUCUAUUGGCCGAUUUCCCAAAAAUCCUGAAAUGUUCCUUUAAUCUCCAGCAAAAAGCAACUAUGUGCAAAGUCAUAAUCUGGUCAUAUUUAAGAUGACGAAACCAGAAGGCAUUCUUGGCAUGUCAGAGUUACCUGCAGCCUCAGCCACCUGUUCAAAGCUGUCAUCAGUAGGGCAUUUACUUUGGCGCUGAUAUGCUGCCUCUCAUUGUCGGGGUGGUCUUAUCAUGAACUCACUGAGUAUGGCCUACUUUCCACAGAGAGGGGCAAACAGGAGCCAAAGUAGUCAGUUACUCAUUAGUCAGCUGGCAGCCUCUCUGUUACAGGUGAUAGUUGAGGGCAAAGGUGUUAAUGGUAGUGAAUAUGGUCAUUAUAGAUUUUCAAACAUUUAAUAGGAAAAUUAAUUACACCCUAUAAAGCUUUAAGACUGUGAGAUAAAGGCAGCUGUACAAACACGGGGCCAGAGUUAUCUGCGUCACAGUGAUGGUGGAAAAAGAGAAACAGCCAGAAUAAGGAACGUUUCAAAUAUAACACUUCUGCUGUUGAUAUUAGGUGUUACACAAUUGUUUUUUUCAUGCUGUGGAAUCAUCCCAGAGGGCAUAUUCAUUACUAAAUAAGUUUAAGGUGGAGGCAAUGGAAAGACGGGAGAGUGUGAGAGGACCUGGCCUUCACUGAGGGAAAAAAAACAUGUUCCUAGGAAGCAGGAUGAAUUUGCGAAAAAGGUGUGGUGUAAGAAAACACAAUGUCAGAGCUGCUGCUUCAUUUAUUUUCUUGUUGAAUUAUUGAUGAAUGUAUGAUAUCAUACUUUUUUUUAGUGGGGUUCUGUACAGUUUUUACUUGGUCGGGUCAAAUUGUCUUGGCUGUAGUAGUUCUGCUGACAGGUAUGUUGAUUUACAGGCGGUGUGUGUGACAGACGGGGAGAGGAUCCUGGGGCUGGGAGACCUGGGCUGCUAUGGUAUGGGAAUCCCAGUGGGCAAGCUGGCCCUUUACACAGCCUGUGGAGGCAUGCCACCGCAGCAGUGCCUGCCUGUCAUGCUGGAUGUGGGAACAGACAAUGAGGUAAGAGCAGAGGAUGUAAUAUAAGUGACAGGCUUGUCAUAACCAUGAGUGUUUAAUCAUGUCAGUUUUUAUACCACCACAUCAUAUGAGAGAAGGAUCUGAUAAUUACAGUUUGUUAUUGCAACAUACAACUUUUCUGUUUACUCCUGAAUGAUAAUAAUCUGGCAUCUUCUUGCUACAUUUUUGUGGUUUCCCAUCCUCUCACCAUAAACCCAGGCAGUCGCUGGAGAAUACUCAUCCACUGUUAAAAAAAAACAUCCCUAAAAUGGUACAAUUAAGGGAAAAGAGAGGGUUCCUACAGGUACAGACACCAUUUAAACUUCUGAGAGGUUGAAGGUCUGAAACAAUUCAAAGUCUAUUUUCUUUUACAAGUCCCUCAGAUAAGUACUCCCUCUCCUUUAUCGGGAAAUUUGGUCUUUCUUUUAUGUUUAUGUACAGUCUUAAAGGCCAUUGAUACUUUAAUUUGAUUUGUGAUCGAGUCAAAUGUCAAAUUUUAAAGGGGUUAAAAUAAGCUUCAGGAAAAAUGGUUAAAAGAAAAUCCAUCCAAAUGUUGCCUUUAGCUCUCUCCAAAGCCUCCAAAGGGUUGUGUUUAUAUUAGUGCCCCCUACAAACGAAGUGGUCUUUGUUGAUUUUUAUCCCUGCACAUGUGAAAUUAGUCUUUUCCAACAAAACAGACUAGAUAAAGCUCUUCUUAUAAAAUGUGAAGACCUUAGAUAUCAUAAAGUUUGCUUGCUGCUCCUUUUUUAACUCUACUGUCUCAGACCCUUAAACUCAAAAUACGGCUCAAACAAAUGAGAAGCCAAGGGUACAGGUUGAGGGAAAUACUGCAUUUCUGCCACAGCCAGGUAGACCUUUGCUCUAAAUUAAGCCCCCCAAAAAGUAAACAAAUCUCACAUUUUACAGCCAGGAAACACCCUUUUCAUAAGCAGCUCCGCUCAUUGAUGCCAACUGGGAAAGCACCGCUCUGCUCUGGCAGGGCACUGAGAGCGGCAGCCCAUAGAGAGUUACCCACCUUCAGUCUCCGUUCUCAUCUCUCAGAGACGUUUCAGACUGUGGGCAGGACAGCACGUGUGGCUGCAGCCUUCAACAGACUAAGAAUAGUCGGUGUGCACUUCUCAGUGUACACAACUUUCUGUUUUAAGCCAAGGGCGUGGCAGCUUCAGAUGCCUGUUUGCCCAACACAGCUGAGCUCAGCCUGGCAGACACUGUCCUCCCUUCUCCAAGACGGGCUUCACAUGACUCAGUCCUGCAGUUCAAGUUUCUUGAAUGAGAAAUACUGCUGAUGAUGGAUGAGUUUGCACAUAAAGUUUAGCAGGAACUGGAAGAUGAAUAUGGAUGAGCUGUUGAGCUGGGCAAACACAAAGUAAAGGAGAAACCCUGCUGAUUGCAUGACGGUGAUAGGAUCCUAAAUGGCCUAAGGCAUCUCUAUGAGAACUCUUUUCUAAUAAACACUUCAUCAAAAUCCACCAGGUCAGAGUAAUCCUUCAUGUUAUAAUAACACGAUCACUGCAGUCUUCCCAGACAGCCUAUAAAAGAUAUUAAAUUGCAGCAUUAGACUUCUUUGCCAUUGGAAAUGGAUCAAAAAAGGUCUUUGAUUCCGCCAAGUCCUUCACCUCAGCUCUGCAUUUUUGUAAGCCUGAUGUCUACAGCUGUACCUUUCGACCCGAUCCUUUACUGGCAUUUCUACUCUUCCUAAGUUUCCACAUCGUCUACUACUGAGUGGACUUUAUCCUGGUCUAGGCUAAUAAUACCAUCUGAAGAUCAGAUUCUCUGUUUACUACAGCAGUCCAAUAUAUUUAUAGACAUCACAACACAACUUUGACAAGAUGUCCAACCGUCUUUGAUUGAGCCACACUGCCUGAAUGCACCAUAUACUUACUGCUAGGGCUGGGCGAUAAAACCAAACAAUAUAUUUACAAAAUUAAUUUCCCUCAAUAUCAAUAUAAAACAUGGUCAAUAUCCUUUCGAUAGUUAACAUUCUGCCAUGUUUUGGUAGACUAUAUGAGUAGCCAAUGAAAAGGGGAGUUGCUCUGGGUCCGCUUCGCGCUGAACCAAUCAUGUGCUGAAUUAGAACCAAGUAGCAAACAACUGCGUAGUAGCAGGCUGCAGCUACACGCAACCAAAGCACUUUAACACGUGAAGCCGACAGCACUGUCAGUGAGUGCUACCCUCGGCAGAAAUGCAGAUGAAGGCUCAACAGAUGGCAACAUCAACAACAACACUGGUACGAAAACAUCGGUGGUGUGAAGGUAUUUUUGGUUUUUUGAGGUCGGACAUUAAGCUGAGUAACGUGCACUGCAAAUUAUGUCGAGUACAUGAUCUUGUUUUCAUCAGGGAAUACCUCAAAACUGUUUCACCACCUGAAGCAGGGCCACGCGGCAGAGCACACACAAUGCAAAAGGUUACAAACCCCGAGCUGAGCAAGGGGCCCAUGGUGCCUGUGCAGCCAAAACAACUGACCAAUCAGUCCGCUUUCUCUAGCGCAAUGCCUUUACGACAAAACGUCAAAGAGACACAUAGACCUCACAGAUGCAGUAGCUUAUUGUAUCGCAAAAGACAUGCUACCAAUAAGCACUGUUAAAUUUCAGUUUUUAUAUCAUGAUAUAUAUUGAUAUCGACUGAUAUAAAAAAUAUAUAUAUCGUGAUUAACUUUUUCCCAUAUCACCCAGCCCCUCUUACUGCUAAAGUAAGAAGAUGGCAUUGACCUUACGCUGACAGGUAUGUGUCUGUGACCAUGCCUGCAUACUACUGCAGGUAAGAGCAACUCAAAAGAAGUGGUGGUUUUAGGGGCGGUCAGGCACACUUGCAGCUUUCUUUCCAUGUUAGAGGGGAAUUUGGUCUGACUUCAAAGUUAAGUUGUUAAUCGUAAAGCUUGCUCCUGUCAAUGGUUAACAGUCAUUAGGGCUAACACCUAUUUGGCUCUCUUAUUACCACAUUGUAAAUUGUACAUCUAGUUAAUGUACAAACAAUGAAGGUUUUUGUAGGAAGUGCCUUUGUAUGCCUUUUUACUAAUUGAAAACAAGACCAACUCACAUUUGGGUGGAGACAAUGAUUUGAAAGAAUACAAGGUGUUAAUUACUUAACUUUAGAGGUGAUAGUAUGCACACUUGGUUGGUUUGAAGAGAGCCAGUCCAGUUGUUUCCAGAUGUUGUCAUUGUGCUCAAUAAUUUGCUUGGUUUGGUUAAUUGACUCAUGGCUUCAGCUCUGUGUUUAAUGCACAGUUGCAUGUAAAGUUGUGUUUUGAGGCAGCAGUUGGUCCUUGUUAACAGGAAGUGUAUCCUCUCUAGUCUCCAAAUCAACUGAUUCAUAUGUUGAUUAUUGGAUGGACUUAAAAAUAUCAACAGCUCUCACCAUAGCUGUCAUCAUUUGAGAACAUGCAAAACUACCAACAGAAGUAAAACUGAGCGUUUUCACAAAGAAAACACUAAACCUUAGAUGCUGAUCAGUGUUUAUGCCGGUGAGUGCUCCAAACCAAACUUGUUGCUAUUGAGACAAAGCUGUAAGUGCACACAUAGCAGCAAUGUAGUUACUUUAGUCCCCUUUUUCCUCAUUCUCAUAUUACCCGUUCCUAAUCAGUGAUUCUUUAUGCUGUGGUGCUUAGGCCCUAAAUUUUUCAGAAAUUUUGUAUGUGGAAAAAGCUUUAUGUCUUGUUUCUAUAUCAAAUUUGUUGAGUACAGAGGCUUAAGUUGAUGGUAAUUUGGCUGAAAAGACAAAAGUGCAGAAUGAGAAAUUUAGAUGAGCACUAUGUUGCACUAUUUAGGAUAAGAUAGGAUAAGAUAAGAAAUUUAUUGAUCCCUAAAUUGAAAUUCAGUCACUAAACAAGUAAAUAACAUGUACACUAUAAAAACUAUCAUGUAAAGGACCUGAAGUUUAAUUUUCUUUACUCUUGGGAAAUAAUGAUCUUGAUUCCCCUCCAUAGACUGUAUAUACUAUGGACAACUUUGUUCCGCCUUCCGCCAGUAUACAGAUUUGAAGCCAAAAAGCUCUCGGUAGUUCCGUGUUUUUUUCUCCACUUCCUAGAACCACCACUUGCGCAGUAGCAUUGUGCGCAUUUGGUCGCUGAGAGUUGCUGUGAUGACACUCGGCUCAAACAGUGUAUCCCCCGGGUGAGCUACGUGAUCUUCAUACACCCAUAGGCUGUAUCAAGUGUCAAUCAUAGAAAAAAUGAACCCCUGAUAACUUUUAAAAAUUGAGCUGCACAGAAAAAAAAGAGGACUUGAGCACAAACCAGUCUUACAGUAACUACAUGUCAACAUCGCAACCAGGGGGGAGAAAAAAUUAUGUUCUGUGUAAUAAACUUCUAAAGUUUGUCCACAGCUCCAUAGGGAUUGCUGGAGGAGACGGGAUUUAUGACCUAUACUGCAGCCCGUCACCAGAGGGUGCUGUUCUCGCAGUUGCUUCAACCAGCAAGGAGGCAGACGGCGUCCAUUCUAUACAGUCUAUGGUUCCCCCAGAUUGUAUCUCUUUAAAAUGCUUUAGUAGAAACAGGUUUCACGAGUGGUCCAUCAGCAACCGGUAUGUGCGGAGCGAUGUAAACCCACAGGCAAACACUUUUAUUGUAACUGCUGGCUUUGGCAUACCUAUCUUUUAUUAUUUAUUUCAUUUUAUUUUACAGAGAUGACAGGUAAAUGAGUUGUAAUGGGAUAAAUGGUCUGUCUCUGCAUUUUUGGUUUUUGUGGAGCUCUUCUGGGCAGACUCUCUCUGGGAAGCAUGGUCAGACCCUACCUCUUUGUGCCCCACUACCCUCUGCAGCCCUGAAUGUGAAGGCAUGAUGGGAGCAGAUGGAGCUGGGAGACUAUGAUGUAGUGGUAGCUCCAGCUAAUUAUUAAAAUGACUGUUAUUAUGGGAUUAUAUUUGUCCUUGAGUGGCCAUGGGGCUAUAGGGGCAAAAAAACAGGCUGACAAGGCAGGGUCCUGAAUAUUACGGGUUUUUUUCAUUCCCUGACCCAAAUAGUGUAUUUGAAACACAUGUGCUUGCUUUAAAGUUGAGGAUUAGAUAAGAAGAUAACUACAGCUCACAAUUAUGAAGCUACAGUGAGAGGUUUAUAAGCAAGCUCAGAAAAAAAGUAUGCAAACAACAAGGAUGGUUAUUUAUUAUGUCUAGUGGGACCUCAAAACUGCCUGUGGACUCUUAAUCUCAUACGAAACUUUAUCUCGUACAUAAAUACGACCAUGUUUUUUCCACACCUUGUCUUACAGAGACUUUGUUGCGUCUCCAGAAAAAUCCUCUCCCACCUUAUUACACUGGUAUCUGUCUAGCUGAAGGUUUGGGGGAAUUUUCCAUCUCUAUCUCAUCUCCUGUUUCCCAUUUCACUAAUGGCAUUCCUCAAAGGUCAGUCCUGGGUCUGUUUACAGUACCCAUUUAUAAGCUGCCAAUUGAGUAAAACUGCCAUGUGGACACCAUCCAGAAUUUACUUACGUCCUGUUACAAUCCUCAAGUUUUUACACUGUGAACAAACUAAAGAGUGUGUUUUUCCUGUCAUCAAUUCCUAAAACGUUUUAAAAAGCUCGCCUUGGCAGAAAGGAAAUCAUCUUGUUUGCCACGCCACAUUCUUUCAGUCAGAUGGUCUGGAAAUUUGGCCUGCUAUUACAUAAUAUUAAGUAAGGCUGUCUUAUUUGAUUCUUGACUUUGUGGUUAACCAAAGACAGCUUCAGUUGUGUAUCAUUAAACCUAAGUUGUGAAGAAAUGAUAUCUUUUUCAUCCCUUGAGGAUUUUCAAGUACAAGCAUGCAGCCAACUGCUGCACUGCAGGCAGUGGAACGUGCAUGUGUUGUAUCUGCAAAUAUUUUUCUAAACAAAGUGGCUUUCAAAUUACAAAAAGCUAAAUGAUAAUAUCAUAAUAACUAUAUUGAAAUAGCACCUGUAAAAACAGGGUUUUAUAGAGAGCUUUUUUACACGAGCACAUGUAUAUAAAAGAAAAAAGCAGAAAUCCUGACACUAGUGAAUUCAGAGGACACAAUAACCAAAAUGACAUAAGGCAACCGAACUACCAAAUACCCGACCAACAAAAUGGAAACCAACUCAAGCAACAAAUUACCUGACAUCAGUGUGUAUUUACUAUAUUCACACCAAGCUGCAAUCUUGAGAAAUGAUGAAAUGCUAAAACAAACUGCAGUUUUCUGAGGGUCCACCUGAGAACAUCAAUACCUGUCCAGCCUGGUUAAAAAAAUGGUUUUGUCUGAAUAGCUUAGAGCUCACCAGGCACUUUCUGUACAGUGAGUCACAGUGAUUGUUUCAAAGUUAUUAAGGUCACAAGACCAGCAAAUAAGAAGCACGAUUAACUUAACCGACUGAAAGGCAGACUGUAGCCAUUUGCGAGGAGUCUAAAAUCCUGUUUCUGGGGGGUUGACCAAAAUUUUGGUUGAGUCAGCAUUACCAGUAUGGUGACCCCCACAGAUAGGCCUCAUGAUCUCCACUCCAGAUACAGUCUAUGAUUUAUACCAACACCGCUGUUUAUGUCUGACUGUCAGCUAAAUGGUUAAAUUCAUCAUGUCUGCAAUGGUUAAUAGUUUAGACCCCCUGCUGUUGACAAGUACAAUCUGACCUCAAUAAAUCAAACUUAUUCAUUUAGGAAUAUUUUAUUUUUGUCCUCUGUGCUAUAAAAUCAAAAGCAUCUGUACAGGCAUUUCUCUGUCUAUUCCCUUUGAUAAUGAUCACUUCAGGCCUCUGACUUGACAUGGCUAGACCCCUGACGGCCCUGGUCAGCCCAAGUUUUCCAUCAGAUGACACGGUCACUGCUUCAAGUCAUUACCAAGACUUGACCUGUGAUCACCAGGCUUUGAGACUCUGGAAAACUUGACAUGCUGAGAUAACUUUUGCUAAAUCUAUCUCAUUAACUGUCAUCACAAAUGUGAACUGGCAUCUGUCUCUUAAUGCCAAGCUAUUCCUUUAAUGUUUUAUCAGAUCUUGAGGCGCCUCAGUGCCUGUGAAAUGUCUAUUUGGCUACUGUAAAUGUUAUUCUUCUGUAGAGGCAGUGGGUAGAGCAGCAUAAUCUCAUGUAGAGACCAGUCAUUAACUUUCUCUUAUCUUUUCCCCUCAUGUGUAUCUGAGAAAUAGGCAGAGAGACACUCCCAGCAUACAGAAACAUGAAGUCUGCAUUGAAUCAUGUUAUCAUCUGCAUGGUCUGUAUCUGUCUAUGAGGUGAACAUCACCUGGAGUAACCUCAGCUCACACACUUGGACUGAAAAGGGUCAGUGAUGUCAUGCUGGACAAUACUCUGUUUGUGUUUUGGUCCUGAGUGGGCCUUCACAUGUUUAGUGUCUCACAUUAUUAACCAUGAACAUUACUCUGGCACAGCAAAAACAUCAAAUCUAUGUUAUGUUAUUGUUUACACCAGCAAGUGGAGCAAGUAUUAGCGAGUACUACAGUAGCAAGUUGAAAUGGAGCUCCUGUGUCUCUAGCAAGCUUGAACUGUAAAGCCUCACAGGGGUACUAAUCCCCUCUGAGAGAAAAAGGGCUGUACAACACAAAGGACAGCUUAGCCAAUCAACAGAAGAUAAUCUGCAACAGAAAGGCAGAUCAUGUCAACAGUUCAGCUCAGAGUUACUGAGGUCAGAGCAAAGUAGCUCCAUCUAUUUCACUUUUGGCGACUGUUUUGUUACAGUGUGGGAAUAAAAGAAAUAAUCGUGAAGUAUAAAUCUGCAGGGGGAAAUCCACAGCUCUGAUCCCUCUCAUUGCACACUCUUGCAUCAUCUUUUGAAAUGACCACCAAAAGCUCUCUCUGAUAUCAGUCCAUCACAUGAAAACGCUUUGCUUGUUUUGGUUACAGUUGAACUUAGCCACCUAGCUUAUUACCAGGCCAUUAAAAGCCUGCCAGGAAAUGAGCUGUCAACUUCAAAUAAAUAAAGCCCUAAAUAAACUUUUUGAGCUGUUCUUGGAUACAGAAACUAGCAAGCAUGCCAUGGAGAGGUGGCUGCUGCCCUCUCCAAGCCACGUUCAUCUAAGUGGCACCCUGAAAUUAUCCAUCCUAAAUGAAGGUCGCCUUUCCCAUUGAGACAUGACAGGACUAAUCCAAAUACAGUUCUCCACCCUCUUGGAUCAAAAAUCCUGGAAGUCAAAGUUAGUAUGUUUAAAUUAUGAGUCUAUCUUCCAACAUCUGUGUAGGUAUGAAUCUUCAGCUUGUUAGAUGUUGAAACACAGUCGGGUUGUUUCCAGCAUGUCAAAGAUCUGAUAAAAUAUGAGCCCCAAAGAUUACCCCAAACCAAAGUCUGUUAGCAAUCUAUCACUGCGGGGUACCUUUCACUUCCACCUUAUUCAUCAUAGUCUCACCUUCUCUUUCAUGUUCUGUCCAUCUUUCUGUCUUUCUGUCACACAUGUGGCUUCCCAUCAGCCUGUGUUCUUGAUUUUCUCACUUCCCUGCUGUAUCCCUCACUGUCUUCAACACCCCAAGGGGCAAAGGUGGAGGUGGAGGUGGAGGUCCACCAGCGCUGCUCCUUCAUCUCCUUCGUGCUGUUAGUUUGUCUCAGAAAACUGGACCAGGGAUUGAUGUAAAAAUGUGUUUUUAGCCCCUGUAGUCACUAAGGACACUUCUCAUUUUUCUCAAGGACCUCACUGACUCUCCAUCCUCCCUCUGUAUUCAAACCUGUCGAUCGGUUUGUCUGUCUAUCACACUGACAGAAACAUUAAACAUCUAUUGAUGGUUUUGACAUUAGAGUUUGUGCAAAAAGUUAUAGACUUGAUAGGACCACAUUUAGUUUAUUUAAGUGACGCUCUAAUAAUGGAGGUCGAGUUUUUAGGUUUCUUAAUCGGCUAAAUGGCUGUAAACACAGAUUUGUUCAAGCAUUCGUACCCAGACUGCCCUGAAAUUUAUACACUGAAGAUAACGAACUCCGACAUAUUUACAUCAAUGCUUGACCUUGGCACCUUCAUAGUCACUUACUCUCAACUUAAGAUGUCAAUUAUUACAGCUCUGUAAUUCAGGGUCCAUGAUGGUUAAAAAAGUGGAAAUCUUGGUUUCAUUCUUGCGAAGCAAAAUUGGAAUCGAUCCAGAGAAGUAUUUUAGGGAAUCCCAGAGAAAGUUGCAGCUUUUUAUAGACCAGCAGUUUUUUUGGCAGCAUCAGUGGUGCCAACAUUCAUUCAUCCAUGAAAUGAUGUCUCCCUUUAGAACCAUAUGGAGGUGAUCAAUACCACUGUACAGAUGACCACACUUGCACGAGUUUUUCCUGUACAUGAAGAAGUAUCAGCAGACUGUGUGGAUCACAUGGUUCAUAUUACAGAGGAGGUCUAAGGUCUACAGAGAGACAGGUGUGUGUAUGUGAGAGGAUUUUCUCACACGCUGUAUUAAAUCCCUCUUCUCUUUGAUUUUCACAUUUAUCCCUUGUCAAAACUGGACAGGAACAACGCAGACAAGUAUCUCAGGCUGUGCAUUCCCAGAGUUCCUCUGUUGCUCCUGGGACAGAGGGGUUUAUACUCUAUAUCAGCAUAUUACAGAGGGGAUAACACACAUAUAUAUAACAUAUAUAGUUAUUAUUCAUUUUAAUUUAGUCCUUACUUUUCCCAUUCAAUGGAUUGUUCAAUAUUUUUGUUAAUAUGCGUAAUAUCUUUGCAUCAACUUGCACCGAAUCCCUAAAAUGAAGUUUGAAAGCUCCAAGAUUUCACACAUAAAGUCUCCUUGCAGGUGUUUGGGGUGCACACAUGCAUGACCUGAAGCCUUUUGUGGCUCCAGGGGGAGUUAGAUGAAGUCUGAUAAAUGGGGCCGAGUUAAGUCACCCGAGUCAGCCUCUGUAAAGUCUGAUAGUACUCUGAAAACAAAAAGAGUGCAGAGCUGGAAGAAAAGCAGUAAGCUCUCCAAGUUUCAAUGCUCUGCUUAUUAUCUGCUUGAUGUCGGCAGCUUAAGGCCACAUCAUUUGCUACUAGCGUGACAUUGGGAGUACUUACCAGACUGUCCAGACUGCUGGUCAGCACCACAUUUUCCUAAGAGAGAUGAUUCAAUGGGCUUUAAUGAUCGAUCCCUGGUUUUCCUGUCUCAGGACUUCACCCUAUUGGAUCAAUAGUGUUAAAAGAGUGCGGUAAGACCACUUUUGUAAAGUUGUUUAUCUCACUAAUAUGCAAAUUAACCUGCGAACCUGUGUUUUGCCAUCUUGUAUUCUUGCAGGCUCUGCUGAAGGACCCUCUGUACAUCGGGCUGAGACAUAAGAGAGUGCGGGGCCAGGCUUAUGAUGACCUGCUGGAUGAAUUUAUGAAGGCUGUGUCUGACAGGUAUAAUCAUACUAGCCUUCAUUCAUCAUCUGCCAAUUCCCUUUAUGGCGUCUGCUAUUGUCAUCUUAUGCACGAAUCAAAAGAUGCUGUUACGAGAAAAAAUGUUAAGCAUUUUAGCAAACUCAUUGCAUGUGGAGUAGAGGCAGCCUAACAAUGUGGGACUGAAGACUCUGGGUUUUGACUCACAGAUGAUUCAGUUUACUUCUUUGAAGUUUCGGCUGCCAAGUGAUGUCAAUCAGGACUCUGCUCACAGACUUGAAUGGCAAUGUGAGCUUAUUGAGAAGUAAUCAGAGGAGCUCGGAGACCAUAUGUCCUGUUGAUUUAAGUGGCAUCGUUUUCUAAAGACAGACAGCUGAAGGCAGAGCUAACCAGCUGCAUUGUUUGUUUUGGGUUCUUGGCCACAAUGUUUGAUGCAGUAUUUUUGAAUGAAACUGCCCAAGAUGAUGUGAUUAAUCAUGGAGGAUAGGAGGGCUUCUGUAUUCGUUGAGAGUAGGAUCUGCAGAUAGAUAAUACCUCAAUAAUUCAGCUUUUAGACAGAGCAAGAAAAAGCAGAGUACUUUUUUGUCUAUGACUCCAAUGGUCCCACUCCAUGGAAAAUGUCAAGCUUUCUCUUCUCCGUGUAAACAGAGCCCAUCAGCCAGACUUGCAGUGUCAUGUUGACAUGCUUAUUCCAGUAUUUGGCAAAGGAUCACACUGAGGAGUUAGUUUGAGGUUCAUUUGACACAGAAGCACAGCAAAGAAAUGAGAUGUGUCCUCUUCCUUUUAGUCUCUCAUUUGGUUUUCAUUCUCCGAGCUUAUCUUUCCUUCGUCUCUGAGCUGAAUUCAGUUGAGUGCUCGCCGCCUCUGGGGCUUGAACUGCAUUUUGUUUACUGCACUCCUGUCCGUGAUGAGACUUUUGUAUACUUUUUACUUGCAUGCACUUUGACACAUCUUUGAAAUUCACUGUGUCCCCGUGUGCCACGGAGCCAUCACAGCUCCACACACACAUGGGCCUGGUUAAGGUUCACUCUAACCCAGAAGGACCAGAGUCCAGAGGGAGCUUGGGUCUGGGUCCCCUCCAGCUGGCAGCAGGAAGCCCUGACUCUAAUAACCGGGUGGCUUCUCAACUACAGGGAACAGCAAAGCUUUUCCCCAACGGAGCCAGAUCGGCGGAAAAUGAGUAAUUAUGGGCUCAGAGAUUGGAUGAAUGAUUACAGCUCUGCAGUCUUUAAAGUAAUAUUCAAACUCGGUUUUCUUAGUAACUAACAUGAGCUAGAAUACUUCUACCCAUCAUCAAUGGGAAGCUGAAGUCUGGAGUAAUUAUUUAACCAUUUACAGAUAGUAUCAUAAAUUGGCAGGUCUCAUAAAGCUCAGUCAGGAAAGUUUUCUCAUUCUCCAACUACUCUGAUUGAAUAAUGAGCAGGUGUUGUCUGCUGCUUUUGUCUUCAGGCAGACAUGAAUCCCUUAAUCUCAUUUCUCUUGCAUUCACUCAUAGCAGUCUCAGAAGGAUCCAGUGAUGCCAGGCAAAGGUUUUCAUACUUUGAAUCCUUUAAUGAAAGUUUAUUAUACGCAGUGUUGGAUGAUGGUGUUUAUAAAACUCAUUAUGUUAGAAGAUUACCGCCAUUGACAAGUAACUUGUUGCUCUCCUGUGCUGCUAACAAAGUUACUGCUGCAGAGUACUUUUAAAUCACCAAAAAUGAAAACCCCUAAAAAAAUCCAACUUUUUAAUCAAUCGUUCUUUAUUUAGAUAGCACCAAUUUAACACAAGUAUUAUCCAUAGACUGUGUAUAGAAUGGACAGCGUCUGCCUCCUUGCUGGGUGAAGCCAUCGCAAGAACAGCACCCUCUGGUGACGGGCUGCAGUAUAGGUUAUAAAUCCCGCCCCCUCCAGCAAUCCCUAUGGAGCUGUGGACAAACUUUAGAAAUUUAUUACACAGAAUAUACAUUUUUCUCCCCCCUGCUUGUGAUGUUGACAUGUAAUUACUGUAAGACUGGUUUGUGCUCAAGUCCUUGUUUUUCUUUGCAGCUCCAUUUUUUAAAGUUAUUAGGGGGUUUGUGUUUUCUAUGAUUGACACUUGAUACAGCCUAUGGGCAUAUGAAGAUUACGUAGCUCACCCGGGGGAUAUGCUGUUUAAGCGUUGAGCGUCAUCACAGCGACUCUCCCAUCGGAUGCGUACAAUGCUACAGUGCAAUGUUGGUUUCAGGAAGUGGAAAAAAAAACAGAAGUACAGAACUUUUUGGCUUCAACUCUGUAUUCUGGUGGAAGGCAGAACCAAGUCGUCUAUUGAAUAUACAGUCUAUGGUAUUAUCCAAAAAAAGCUGGUAUGGGCCACCUUUAUUCACAAAAUUCCAAUUGUAGACCAGACCGACUCCCAUACCAUCUUCAACCGUAUGAGUGUUACAGUGGAGAGGAAAAACUUGUACAGCUGGAAAGCAAGUGACAAAACAUCUGCAGUAGAAAUCCAGAUGUACCUAUGACAUGACGGAGUUCAGAGACUCUGAGAAAAGUCUGUGUUUACUCUUUACACUUGUUGGUCAUAUUUCAUGCCUGAGAGAUACAGCUCUACUGGUUGAACUCCUCGACCUUGUUACCAGCUUAGCUUGUUAAUUUCUUUCUGACUGACAGUUGUUGAUCUGACUCCUAGCUGUUGCUGUAUUGUAGUUUCAACUCCUCAUCAUCUCUCUCCUCUUCAGUGGGACCUCAUCACCGCUGUUGUAAAGCUUUUUAUAACUUGCAGUUGCUUCUCUAAAUCUGAAGCAGAGCUAACAGCAGCUGAUGAGCUUUUGUCGUGAAGUUGUCUUUGUCCUCAGAAUAAUGUGAAUAUUUCUAUGGAGUGAAUGCUGUCUGCUCUGCCUUCUCACUCAAACACUUCAAUUAUCCAGCAAUGCACGUGUGUCACUGACACAAAUGUAGGUUUAGUCUUCAUGAAGUGGUGGGAGGCUGUUUCCUUGAAGCUCUGUCUUUAAAACCAAACCAUAGUCCUCUUUUUUCCGAUCAAAGUAGUUUUGGUGCCAUAAACUAACAAUACCCUCUCUGUGCAGACUGGGUGUUUAUUAUUGUUAGCAUCAUGAAUGAGAUGUGUUUAAAUACCAGGUUAUACCCAGGAUGGAUGAAGAUGAAAAGCUCUCCUUCUUGUGAGUACAGUUGGCCCCGUGUAAAGCCUACUAAGGCAGUGAUAACAGCCGAUUUAGUGGUCUGAUAACAUUCAAAGUUUCUGCUGGGUCAGUGUUAAUCUGGGGAGCAUACAUAGAGUCCAGGGAUCUCUUCAGCUAUCUUGAAAAUUUGGCAUUGCAAAAGGAAAAACCAGAAGGACAGAAUGAGGGUUUAGAUUAGCAGAGGAGAAAGAGAGAGAGAGAGAGAGAGAGAGAGAGCAGAAUUCUCCUUUUUUAUGGCUGAUCUGGCAGGGAUUUGAAAAAUAAAGUGUGUUGAGAGAUGCUGGCUCUCAGGAGAGCAAGAUGGGGGCUGGGGAUUUAUUAAAGUUUCAGCCACACAGCCACGAAACUCUGUCGAGACGGCGAUUACGGACAGCGUGUGAGCACACAAACACACAUGUGUGCACGCAGGUUCGACAGCUGUGUUUGCACAGAGCACCCUUGUCUGUGACCUUUUCUUUUUUUUUUGCAAAGGUCCACCCUGACUCUGAAUGCAUCCUGACUUUAAAAAGAUCACUUCAUACAUACCUUAUCCACUGAUCCCCUCUUCAGUGUUGAGAGUAUUUAUAUAUAAGACAGCCACCUACUUCCUAUUAGUUAAGGAUUCAGAUUUCACAGAGGCCCAGACGAGACCAGAUUGUGUUUCCUAGAGAAGCUGGGUCACUCAUUAAACCCCUUCAGCCAUAGAUCGGCCCAGACACAACACCACACGUCUGAUGGAUUCACCAGAUGAAAAAGCAUCUGUCAUAUCAAGUCCCAAGCUCUUUAUCAUCCUAUCAGAAAUUUAUAACUAUGUCAUUUUCCCUUCAACGUAUUGAGCUGAUUUGGCUGCAAGCAGCGAGAAAUCCUGAAAGCACCACUCCAGAAAACAAUAAAACUGCCUAUUUUUCAUUUAUUCCACUACCUGGAUUAUUUUGACAAGUCAUUAAUCACUGCGGAAUAAAAAAGGCUUAACACAAAAGAGCUCUGUGUUGUUGUGCUAGCAUUUUCUAAAUAGCUUAAACAGCCCAGCGGUAGGUGAGGUAAGGUUCACCUAAGCGAGUAUUUGUGUAUUUCUAAGAAGAGGGUGCAUGGCUGGUUCUUGGAGCUUUUUUUGGCCAAAAAAAUACCACACUUGGGUGGUGAGAGGUGAUAUUUCUCUCUGAGUUUGAUUACAUCUCUUUUCAUUAAAGAUGCACCUUGCAGGAAUGAGACCUGUGGCAGGUUUUGUUAGUGUAAUUACAUUCUUCGAGCGGGACAUUAUGAGAGCAAGACUUCUGUUCACAGAGUGGUUUGUACUGUACAGUUUUUCACGGUUUAGCAGGUGUAGGCUGGAUUAUUUUUCUGACCUCUCCUCUCCUCCUUGUGACAAAAAUUAGUCAACCUCCUUUUUGGUCUCAGACAGCAUUGUUGACGAAGCACCGCGCAAAGACACGGAAAGUGUCCUCGCCGCCAACCCUGACAUUGAGGCUCGAUCUUCUCUUUUUAAAUUUCCAUAACAACAUGAAGUGAAGUUCUGAGUUUUGGCAGUUUGCAACAAGUUCUGAACUUUUGCUUUGAGUUUUUGACAUCUGACACUCCUAACUUAGUUAAAUUUCAUUUCAAAAUUUGAAUAAGAAAAGAUUAGUAAUUAUUAAGGUCAGGCAACUUCUACACGUUUAGAGUUUUUUAAACAUUACGAAAUGGACUGAAGUGCAGAGUGAUGCUACCGUAUGGUGUUUUACAGUAAAUAGGACCAUUGAUUUUGACAUGAAAGCUAAAGAGGUUGAUCAGUUUUAUCAUAAAUUACAAAUUCCAUUAAGUACAAACUCAUGACACUGUGAAAUUUUCACAAACAUCUUGGUUAGGGAAUCAAAAUGAUGCCCUAAAAAUGAUUCACAAUCUUGACUUUUUCAUCGAGGUCCUGUAUGUGUGAAACCAAGAGGCACAUUUCUAAAACCGGAGUCUUUCUCUUUAUUUACUGGUCUGCAUUCAGUUGCCACCUAUUUUGCAAGAACUACAUAUAACAUCUGCAGUUAAGUACAGCCUUGCAGCAAUUCUACUUCAAGACUUGAACUAGAACUGGCUGAUGUCAGUCUAGUUAGCUGCACCUGUAUGCUUAGCUUCAAAUCAAAGUACUUUAGUGAUAUUUUGAUGCAGUUUAAUACAAAGUAUAUCACACCAUUUUAACUGAGCCACCGCAGAGUUUUUAAAAUAUUACAUCCAAAGUCUGUUUGUGUUACAUUCCAUCAUGGCAGCUGCAGGAAACAGAAAGAAACUGUAGUAGCUGAGGCAAGUGUGCAGAAAGGGACAAAAUUACAUGCAUAAAAAAUGCAUUAAUUUUAAACCAUAUUUGGCAUUGGAGUUAAUCCUGGCAGCUCUAUAAGCUCUUACAUUAAUAGCCACCAUUUAGUCCUUAGUGAAUGUUCAUAAAUUCUGCAAUAUUUUUAUUUAUUACUGAUUUAGGCAUGUAGUUGUUGUGCUGUUAGGGCAAAUUGAAGUCAGCUCUGAAACUCUGGUGCAAAAACAUUGACAUUAAAUUUGUUGGUCUAAAUCACUUCACCAGAAUGUUACACCAGUAAAGAGUUAAUGACUUGGUGUGUGCUUUAAAGCUCUUGUAGAGCCAUCUGUUUUAAAUUUAAACCAGUUAGAAACUUCUCAUAACAUGUCUUAUCUCAAAUUACUUUUCACUUUUAACCACAUCUACUUGCACUUUUCCCUGCAAUUAGCAGCCAAAACUAUCUCAUCGAAUUGGUAGAGAUGCUCUGGCAAUAUAUCCACAGUCUUCUUUUUUGGUUCUUUCCUUGUGCUCUAUAGUUUCUGUCUCCUUUAUCUGUUAGAUAUUCACUAAAAACUUGACUGUGUUGAAUAAUCAAACUGUUAUUUCUCAGACUGCAGUUUUAAGUGUCAUAUUUUGAGUCUGAAUGAAUAAAUUAUCCCCCCUCUGCCGGUCCAAAACAACCAAAGGCAGCUGAUCCAUAAUGAGAGUCCCCUGUUCAAACAUCUGUUUAUUGUAAUUAUGGUAGUUUUUGAAUGAGAACUCUCUCCUCUGAUCCUUCAAUCUUUGUUCUUUACAGCACAGAGAUGAAUAGACCGUCUGCACAGUAAGGAGUACGGGUCUGUGUUUUUCAUCAUCUGGGUGUGCCGCGUCUUUCUUAGGUUCCUGCCCUUGAUACUUAAGCUUUGACACAAAAGAAAACCCUGCUUUCUUUGUCAAGGGUAUUUUUUGAUUCAGCUGGAGGAGAGGUGCUUUGUCAGAUUUUAGCGUUCCAUUCAGAGGGGUUGUCAAGGAAAGACAACAGACUUUCAGGCAGAAUAGAGACCAUGAACACAAAUGGCCUCCAAGGAGAGCUUUGUUCUGGGCAAAGCAACCACACACACACACACACAUUCACAUUCACAUUCACAUACAACGUCAAAAACACACACCCUAUCUUUAUUGGUCCAGGCUGGGGACCAGAGCGCUUCUACAUUGGGAAGAUGUUCCUUUCUCUUUAAAAUACCACAACCGCAGAUUGUCGCUCUGUAGUUUAUGGUCAGUGGGUGCCCAUAAAUAUGCAUGUGUUCACAGCUCAGCCAUUCAGAGACCCGUGUUAGACGUCCCUGAUCUUUUUCUGGGCUGUAUUUUUUCAUAAUAAAACAAUAAAUCAAGUCAAAUUCACUGCAAGCCUUAAACCUGAUCCCUUGAAAUUCUUGAGAAUAUUUGCAGGUUGUAAGUAUGACUCACAACAUCUGCAGAGGACAACUCUCCAAAAAAUCCACCUCUGGACUCGUGCAUGAGCAGCUUGGUUCUCCAUGAACUGGUUUGACCUCUUCAGGAGCUACUUACACCAAACCAUACCAGAGCACGCUGCACUGGCAGAGGGGCAAGGCCACAUCUCUCCUCGCCUGUCGCCUGUCUCUGUCUACGUCUCCUAAAGCCCAAACACAAUGAAAAGUUUAUAGCUCCCUUCUCGGCCUCAUUAUUCAUCCUCUUUGCACAGGCGCACAGUGCUUCAGAACUGUUCUCUGCUUGAUAGAAAACACAUUUCUUUCCCCAGUGCUACUGCUGUGUUGGCAGUAACUCAGCCGGCCCGUCAGUCUCCGUGUCGAGAAUCAGUGUCAUGCAGUGUGACAGAAGGAAGGAUACACGGUGAGAAAGUCAUGGCACUUUCUCAUCAGGAUGUUAAGUUUUAUUACAGCUGAACCCAGGUCGACUCUCAUCCUGCGUGUCUUUCUAGCUUUGCUUCCGCUCAGCUUCCUCUUCCUCCUCCUCCUCCUCCUCCCACUGGAAGUUGAAGCAGUUUAGCAGAGGCUGUAACAAGUGGCAAACCGCUUUAGGGGAUCGCACAAUAACAGCGCAAAGGCAGCCUGAGCUAUGAGGUGGGGUUUUAUGAAAAGAAUAAAACCUAGAGAAAAUAAACAAGAUGUUAAACCGUGGAAAAGAGAUGUCAGCAAGCAAGGUUAAGGUAGAAAAUGGCUUUAACUUGUGGUUUUGUGCAGAUAAAUGGCAGAGCUGCCGGUGUUGAAGGAUGAGGGCUGCUCACCCUGUUUGCUUGGCUCGUCUCUAACUUUCCUCCAUCACUCACUCACAGCAACAUGAGCUCCUCUCUGCUAUUCGGGUUCAGACAACCUCUCCCUUUCCUCCCAUUGUUUCAAAUGUACUUAAUAAAAGUUAUACUGCUAAUAUACUUUUUUAUGGACUGUGACAUCAUUUCAAAGUGCAUUAGCCUACAUAUCCCAACCAUCCUGCUGUAAGGCUCGGCCGGUCUUUAGAGCUGUUUCUGGAUCUUUACGUUCUUUUUCUUACUUUCGAUUCCAGUGCUUGCAAGAUGUUUGCAACCUUUGGCUUCUUCUCUUAACAGUGAUUGUCCAAACAGAGCUCUGCAAAUAUCAGAAGUUUAUCCAUCCAGCCUCCUACUCCAAUCUUAGUCAGGCUGUAAUCAACCAAAGAAAUUCUUGGUCGACUGCAACCCUGAAAUUUUCGACCAAAAAUCGACUAAUGUGGGGUGGGGGGGUUACGACGUGGCUCAUCUAGGUGAAAAUAUACUGGCAAUCAAACACAAAAGGCUAAAAUGUUAAUAUUUUGCAAACCAUCGGACAUUGGUCAACAUGGACGCUCUUCAAUCUUUUUGUCUCCAGCCAGUCUCCAGUGGGUUGGGUGAAUCCAAAAUGGUGAAAACUAGGGGGGUGUUCUGAGACAGGCUGUUACCUGUGAAACGCUGGUGCUCUAAAAACACCCCCCUUUAGCACUUGCUACGUUUCUCCUGAUGACAUUAACCAUACACUGUAAAUUGAUGCGAAAAAAAAUCGAGUGGACCCAUCAGAAUUUUGGUCGACUCAACACAUGUCGACCAAAAAGUCGACCGGUCGACUAGGACUUUACAGCCCUAAAUCUUAGUGUUUAACUGAAGGCUAAGGAGUGUCUCUAUCAGCCAGUAGCUAACGCCAAAAACCCAACACAACCCCUUCAUACUUCUCCUCCUCCUCCUCCUCCUCCUUCUUCUUCUUCUUCUUCACUGGUCUCUUGGCAGAGUAAAAGCUUUGAAAUCUCCAGAGAUAUACCGUGUUUUUCCUCCAUCCUUCUGCCAGUAUUUUUUCUGUUAUCCUUCACACCUUCAGCAGGUCAUUCUUUCCCUUCCCUGCAGCUGAAAACCUGUGUCUCAUCCCAGGGAGCAGCAGCAGUCGCUCUGCAAACAUCCAGUAAAUUCCUGCGCUGAAGUUGCAUCUGUUGACAGGCCUGGGAACUCAGGAUUCCUCUCUGUCGCUGCUAAAUCUAAUUUACUGACUCAUAACUUCAGCCGUGGGGUUUAUUUUUGUAUAUGAUGUUUUUGUAGGAGCUUAUUGGAACAGCUCCCGUGUUGCUUUAUUGAAUGAAUGUGAUAGGUGGUCUGUGCGGCGUCUCGUAAAGCUGAACGGUGCUGGUUUUACUGGGAGACUGGGUGGGCUCUGUGUUCCUUUUUCCCUCAGAUUUGGUGCUUUUGUGAUUCUUGCUCUUUGUUGAGGUUUGACCUUUCUUACUGACACGCAUUGUGAGGUGAUGCCGUGAAGUUUGGAGAAACAGGUGUCAGCUUGUCAAACUUCUAAUAAACAGAAGAGCGUGCACAGUUCUGAGGCUUUUAUUUUCUCUUUAGGAAAGACCUGUAAAAAAAAGUUAGAGAAUAUUCAACCAGUUUAACACAAUUGUGUAUCUGCAGACAUCUGUGCAACAACGAGCAGGAUGACCUCCCUCUUAUCCACUCGUCUUAAUGUUCAAAGAAGUGGGAGAGCGCCCCCUUCAGGAUUUAAAAAAAAAGUCUUAAAAUACAGAGGCCUCUUGGUCCAUAUAUGUUAGUGUGUGAAUAUUUUUACACACCGUUGUGUCUGCCUGAGUUGACUGUUGGUCCAGUUUAUAUAAAUCUGUUCUGUUGCAGGUACAGCAUGGACUGUCUGAUUCAGUUUGAGGACUUUGCAAAUGUCAAUGCUUUCCGCCUGCUGAGCAAGUAUCGCAACAAGUACUGCACAUUCAACGAUGACAUCCAAGGUUAGUCUCCUGCAACAAACAAACAAACAAACAAACAAACAAACAUGCACAACAAAAAUAUAAUCUGUAACUUUAUGGACCACUUAUUUAUUGUUUGUGCAGGCGAAUCCAGUGUUGUUGUUUUUUUUUUAAAAUCAACUACACGAUUAAUUUUGGAAGCUCUUUAGUGUAGAAACUGGACAAGUAAUCAGGUGACCUGUGUACAGAAGCUACACAAGUCCUUGUCCAAGCAGUUGCAGGUUUAACCUUCUGCCACAACCUUUGGCUGCAUGUCACCCCCUCUCCUCUUAACUUUUAUAAAAACUUACGUUUUUAUACCCUUUAGUGACUGUGAAAACACUGGGUUCUCUAAUAUCUCUCUUGCAGAUCAUAAACCCCUUCUUUCACCAAUUUGUUCUUAAAAUACUUUCCUCUCUUUCUUUUUUCCUCUGUUUUUUAAUGAGUAAUAAGUAGGGGAUCUAAUAAUGUGUUUGCUUCUGUGUUUCAUUUCUUAAGGCACUGCUGCUGUCGCUGUGGCUGGACUGCUGGCUGCCCUCCGAAUCACUCAAAGCAAAAUGUGUGACCACACCAUUGUGUUUCAAGGGGCAGGCGAGGUAAGUGAACUCAGACUGAAGACUGAAGAGUUUGGCUUUAAGAGCUCAUCUGAGUGGUAAACUAAUCACACGUGUAUCCAAAGUCUUCUCGAGUCAAAAGCUCAGGCAUCACUUUUUUGGGGAAAGAUUUAACAAUGCUAAUGAAGAGCCACCCAGUUUUUUCCUUCCUUGUCACUUUAUUUUCUGCAAGAGCUUCUCUCUGUACCAAAUAUAGAGGACCUAAUCAGACCUAAGGGUGAAGAAAUGGGUGUCUCAGGUGUACAAAUUUGACCACCAAUAACAACAGGUGGAUUGUUUUUUUUUAUAACCUUUCCAUAUUUAUCUGAUGGAUUUACUCUUUCCUCCCUUCUCUGUCUUGCUUACAGGCAGCGAUGGGGAUUGCUGAGCUGAUCACCAUGGCCAUGGAGAAAGAGGGACUUCCUAAGGAGGAGUGUUUGAAAAAGAUCUGGAUGGUUGACUCCAAAGGCCUCAUUGUCAAGGUGUCUUGAUAAAAACAGAUGCUAACACAAGUACACAUGCAGGUGUAACUACACCUAUCCAAAAUCAGAGAAUCCUUCCAGGAAAUCUUGAAAAAAAAACCCUGAUCAUCAGGACUGAAAGAUUAACAGUCUUCAAUGACAGACUUUCCUGUGUAGUUUGAUACAUCCAUCCGCCCUCCAAUCACAACAAAAUCUUUGCCGGGUUUUGCUAAUUCAUGUAACAGAGGUCAUUUUUUUGAAUCUCUGCAAAGGCUCUUCAACAUCAGCAUCUGUUUACAUCUUCAUCCCUCCUCUUCACUGCCCUUCACCUCUGAGCUUUUCCACAGCUUUCUGCACUCUUCCCCCUUCUUCUAUCCCACAUCUUGCUCCUUCUCUGCUCUCUACUUGUCAACAAUGUUUUUCAAAGUGUCCACAGUGUACACAGAUUGUUUUAUGUGUUUCCUCCUCCUCCUCCUCACACGCCCUCUUUGACUCUCCAGGGUCGGGACCACCUGACUCAUGAGAAGGAGAGGUUUGCUCAUGAGCACCCACAGAUGAGCAGUCUGGAGGAUGUGGUCCGGGAGCUGAAACCCACGGCUAUCAUCGGUAAAUCAGCAAACAUUUGUUUUUUUCAUGAUUCAUCUUCACUGCCAUUUUUCCAGUAUGUGUUAAACAGAUUGUCAGGCUGCACGUCGGAUAGAUGAUUAUGAAAUGAGGAAAAGUGAUCACAAGUAGGAAAUGUGAAUGCACCAGUGAAUUUCCAUCCUGUGAAAGACUUAGGAUGUUGGAAUAGAGGUGGGGUAUUACUGCAUAUCUAUGGUUCUUUGUGUCAGGCGUGGCAGCUGUUGCCGGAGCGUUCACCGAGCAGAUCAUCAGAGACAUGGCUGCCUUCAAUGACCGCCCAAUCAUCUUUGCUCUCAGCAACCCAACCAGCAAAGCCGAGUGCACUGCAGAGCAGUGUUACUCACUCACAGAGGUACUCCCUCAGGAGGCUCUUCAUUGCAGUUACCGUGUACAUAAAUGUUAUUUGUUAAACUGUAAUAAAUGGUUCUGUAGGGGCGGGGCAUCUUUGCCAGUGGCAGCCCGUUUGACCCCGUCACUCUGCCUGAUGGGAGGACACUCUACCCUGGCCAGGGCAACAAUGCCUACAUCUUCCCUGGUGUGGGCCUGGGCGUCACCGCCUGUGCCAUCCGACAUAUCUCUGAGGAUGUCUUCCUCAUUGCAGCAGAGGUAACACUUCAGCAAACACAGUUAAUAUACACUCUUUUCAAAUUUCUGUUACUCAAUUUAACAUCAUAUACAGUAAUUAUUAUCAAUUAUUUAUCAUUUAUCAGCACUUUGAAAGGGCAAGCAAUGCAUCUUCAAGAGUACACCUCUCAGAGUCAAUAGUUGACUUCCGCAAAGUAAAGAGAGCUAAAAGUGAGUAACAGCAGUAACCAUGGCAUCAAUGUAGGAAGACUUUAUGAUCUGCCUCCUCGCUGAGUGAAGCCACAGCGAGGAGGCAAACGGUGUCCAUUCUAUAUACAGUCCAUGGUUUUUAUGCACUAAUUCAGGAAUCUAACCAUGAAAAUUGUGACCUACCUCAGCUUUUCUCAAACUAGCCCAGAGUGAUGAGAGUGAUAAGUCAUUUACCUUCUUUGAUCAUGACAAGGUUUAUGUGUUUACUGUUAGGCUCUUGCUAACCUGGUGACAGAAAAGGACCUGGCUGAGGGCAGACUUUACCCUCCUCUCAACUCUAUCGGGGAUGUCUCUCGCAAACUGGCUGUCGAGGUGAGAUCAAGUGUUACACAUAAAAAAAUUCCCCUUACAGUGUUGGUCUGACUCCAGUUUUGGGCCGUGAAUCAACAAAAGCUCUUGUUUUUUGAAACCUUUUGUCUUUACAGAUUGUGGAGUACGCUUAUGAGCACAACAUGGCCACUCUUCGCCCUGAGCCAUCUGACAAACGGGCUUUCGUGGACUCUCUCACCUACAGCACUGACUACGAUGAGUUUGCCGUUGACUCGUACCUCUGGCCAGAGUCCAGCAUGGUUGUGCAGUCAUGCAAACUCUAAUGCACUGUAAAGGGGACAGAAGGGUGGAUCUGGGGGGGUGCUGGGAGUGUUGGUUAACUACUGACAUGCAAUAUCAUCAUAAGAUGUGGUGGUGAUGGGAUAUAAAAGAGGCUGCGUGUAGAAUUUUCUCAUUGAUAUAUUACUGUGAAAUUAAUGGUGACAGCACGUGUAGAGCUCAUUGACCCUUCAGUAGCAAAAAGACUGAUACUAGGAAAAAAAGAAGUAAAAGUGGCAUUAUAUAGGAAAUUUCAUAAAAAGUUGUUGAGGAGAAGCAGUCUGUAGAACCUGUGAAACUUUGCACUUUAAGGGGUAUCUCAUUACAUUUGACGAUAAUAUAUAUUGGGAAAGUCCUUCACUGGUUACUUUGACUUGUACUGUACUAGGCAGUUAUUUUAUGACUGUGUCUGCUAUAUUCCAGAAACUCUUUGUUAAAUUAAAAAGUUUUAAAUGUUU